CGCGCGUACGGAUGCGAAGGAGUAUUAUAGCGUUCGCCGUCGCGUACCAUAAUACAAUACCGCGUACGGACUGAACGGUCACAAGCAUUCCGCAGCGCGCCGCGUCUCCGUCCGUGUCCGUGUGCCGAACUGGUGUGGUGGUCGCUUUGAUUUUUCGUUCCGUCCGCAGGUGAGUGACAAAACGAUAUUAUAACAAUAAUACAGUGUCGUUUAUCAAAAAAAAAAAAAUAAUAAUAAUAAUAAAUAAAUAAUAAUUUUAGGUAUAUUUUUUGUUUUUUUUUUUUUUUUUUUUUUUUUUUUUAUCAACCCGAGGUCGGUUUACAACGCCGAUUCUACAAUAUUCUGACACCGAUCGCUCGCCUUUUCAAUGAGUUCUUUAAAAGUGUACAGACUCUCGCGCGGCAUUUAAUUUUUCCACUAUAAUAUGAGUGUUUCGACGAUUGUCUCCCCUUCUAUCAUAUUACAUACCCACUAAUAUUAUAUUACCUAUGCCACACUUCUGGGUGUCUCAGCUAUGAUAUGUCAGACCGUUUUCCAGCGUAACCUUAAUCGUAUCUAUGCGUGUCCGUUUUUUUCUCCUACGGUAUACGGCCGCGAAAUAAUUAUAAUAACAUAUUGAUAUCGCACCGUCCGAACGUAGUUAUUUACCGAUUAGUUGUUGACGGCGAUUUUAUUCACAGACGGUACUGUUUUAAAACAAUAGUGUUAGGAGAGUUCUUGUCUUGGUUUUGGGAAAAAUAAACUUCAGGCGACCCAAAAAUCAUCAAACUGUUUUGAAUUUCUAGUUUUGCAAUAUAGGGAGACGAAGGAAGAGGUAUAUAAUAUCUGCACCAUUUUGAUGAUUUGAUACGGUUUACAUUUAAAUGUAUCGUACGCUACCCGAAUAUUUUUUUUUUCAAAAUUAAUUAAAACAAAUCAUCAGAAUUAUUAUUAUGUAAUAUAACGUACUACCCGUAGUUUAGUCCUUAUAUUUUUUUAAUUAAUUUUUUUUUUUUGUAUCUACGUCGAGUUGGUUUUGAGACACGCGGGAGCUCAAAAUAAUAUUGGGAAAAAAAUGACGGAAUUUUGUUAUAUUUUUAUAUUUUAUAAAAUUUAUAAUAGCUAGUCAAUAUAUUAUACGAGUAUACGUGUGUCGAAACAAAUUAAACACUAUACACUUUUUAAUCAUAUUAAAAUUAUUUAUGUAAACAAUAACUGUGUUUUUAUAAAUUGUAUUUAUAUAUAGGUACUUAAUGAUAUUUAUGCUAGAAAUUCACUUGUAAACACUUCCAGUGUCGGGAUUCACAAAGACAAAUAAAUAGGGGCUAUUAUUUUCUUUCCCCAGCAGAAGUGUACGAAUAUUUAUUCUAUUGAACGACGACGUUAUUUAAAUUGUUUUGAUACGCGAAAAAUCACACCCCGAUUUCUUAAUAGGUACGCCACGGUUAUAGUUCCGAGUCGACGGGGAAUAUAUUAUUUUAUGUACUUUUUUUUUUUUUUAAUAUUUUCUUUGUAAUUUCUAUAACAAUAUUUUCGUCUUCUUCGAUAGUUCAAACUUUGUGAAUGUCGUUUAAUCAAUAAUAUUUUGAAAUAUGUUUCCAAACUUCACGGUCUUCUGUGCUUAAAACGUUUACAUUAUCACGGUAUACAAUAGCAUAAAUUCGUCAAAUAUUUCAACUGUAUGUAUAACAGAAAAGCUGCUCCCCCUUAAAAAAAACCCUUAAUUUAUUAUUAUAAUCUCAAAUGCGGACAAAAAAUUUAGUUAAAUCGAAAUUAAUUGUACACAUUUCUUUUCUGAAGAACCUAUACACAUAUGUUUAUUAUAUAAACGCACUGCAAUAUUUUCACACCCCAUUACAUUUUUGACUUUUAAUUAAUUUGUUCGGUACCCUGUAUUUAAAGAGCGUUUACUCCAUCACUUUCUUUAUACAGUAUAAUAAUAAUAUUGUUAUAAUAGCAUUUAUACCACGUUAUUAUUCUUCAAUAUUCUGGAGUAAUUUGUUUUCCAUAUAAUAUGUCUACAACAAAAUAUUAAAGUAUUUAUUAUACGAUUACAGUAAACAAUAUGCGAAUGUAAUUCCAUACGCGUAAUUAAGUUUUAAAAUUGUUUUAGUAGAUUAAAAUACCUAUGUAGACAAUACUACCUAUAUAGUGUUUUGUGUGCGUAAAAUUAAAUUAUCGUAUAUAUAAUACCUACUUAUUAUUAUUAUAAAGGCAAAUAUGCGCAAAAUACAUCAAAUUCGUAAUGUGUAUUUCAUACACAAAAUACAUCAAAUACGGCAAAAUACAUUAUGAUUUUAAAUUAGCUUAGGGACUUUCGGGGUUUAAAAAAAAAUAACCGACACUGAGGACGGGUGUGACACUGUUGUAAGUGAGAAGAUGGAUAGGUAAGAUACAUAAAUUUAUUUAAUUUAUAGGUAUGAAUAAACAACGAUAGACCAUUGCUUAUGAAAAACGAUUCUGAACGAAGUUUAAUUAUACAUGUUUUGAAAUACCGUAAUUUCUAUUACGAAUUUUGUCAUUUUGUUUAUAAAACUCUUAUUAAAAAAAACUACCACAUUAUACUAAACUUUUUUUUCGUAUCACUAAGAACAACUUUACUCAUAAUAAACCUCUUGUUAAGUUAUCAAUUGUAUCUAUUCGGUCAAACAAUUUUAUCCACAUAGUACGAACCAAAUAAAAACUAAAAAAAAUGCAAAUAAAUAUCGCAUGGUUGCCAAAAAUUCUUUCAACAUUUUAUCACACCUAGAAAUGACUAAAAUAAGUAUUUUGCGGGAAUUUCAUCUCUUUACGAUAAUGUUUAUCGACUUACAACAACAAAUUAAAAUCGAAAAUAUGUUUUAACACCCCCUAAGCCAUCUCCCUUGAUCCACUCUUGAUACUCGGUACUAGAUACAUAUUGCAAUAUAACUAACACAGUAUACAAUUGAAUCGAUGAUGCAUAUACCGAAUAUACUGCCCUGCCCCGCUACAAGAUUUUAGUACCCGAAUUUUAAAAUUAAUUUAUUGUGAAUAUUUUAAUACGGUGUAAUUAAUAUCUAUUAAAAAGAAAAUAUACAGUAUUAAAUUUUAAAAGUGGAUUCAUAAACGAUAAAUUUGGUAUUAUCAUUAUGUAUUUAAAAUUUGUUAGAAAAAUAUUAUUUUUCGAAUCUGUGUUAAAAAGAGGGGAGGGGUACCAUUUGAAAAUCCAAAGUUUACACUCAUUCAAAAUAUAAAAGUUUUAAGUUAAAAAAAUGUUUUAAUAAAGCCUAAAUAAUUCUGUAAAUCAUUGACAAAAAAAAAAAAAAACAAAAGAUAAGUUUACCUAAAAUUCUCUGAAUUGUGAUUAAUGAUGAAUCAUUUAUAUUCUCGCAAUAAUUAUUCCAUUUUAUUUUGUUUCGCUAUUAGGUUAUGCGUAUAGGUUUUGUAGAAUAUUUAUUCGAGCCAUUAUUAUUAUUUUAGAUUCGUUUAAUAUAGUAUUGCAGUAAGAUAAUAAUAUUUUAAGUUUAUUUGCAUAUGACUCUGCUAAAGCCUACACACGGUAAAAAAGAAAAAAUCGUACUUACAGGUAAACGCUAAAGUUGUUUACUGAAAAAAUAUUAGGUAUGAUGUGAACGUGUUUUUUAUUUUACGUUUCUCCCGUUUUAUAAAUCAAAUGUAAAAAAAAACCGAUUAGUUUUCUGAUUAACAUGAAAUACACAAUGUACACAUGGAUAUAAUUUAAAGAUUAUUUUUCUAAAGGAAAAAACCUAUACGGGGGAUAGAGUAGCGAAAAGGGGACAUUUUGAACAACCGAUAAAUGUUUUGUAUUUGUCCAUUUGGCCACGUAAAAAAAAAAAUACUAAUGAUGCAAAAUAUAAUAAUGCAAACGAAAAGAGGACGAGUGAAGUUUUUAAUAUUUCCGUAAACGAAAUACAUUCGAGUUCGAGCAUUUAUUUUUUUUUGUUUGAUAAGUGAUACUUUAACGAUUUUUUAAGUACAAUAUAUUAUAUAGCUACCUAAUAUUUCUUGAAAAACGCGUCUCGGAGUAAACAAUAUAGCUGCAGCAUAAAAUGUUUUAUACACGGUAUACCUUUGCCACGCAAUAAUCUCCUUUUUAACUUUAAAUAUUUAACAUAUUACAAGUUGGGUUUCCUAUUUAAAAGGUAGCUAUACGUACCUACUCGUAUAGUGCAUGUAUCGAUAGACACCAGUUCCCCUUUGAGACAAAAAUACUCCUUUGUAAUUAUUUACGUUUAUUUUUUUUUUUAAACUUGUCGCAAAUUUUAUCUUUUUUAUUUAACUUUAUUACCGCUGCAGUGACUUCUUAAUAGGAUAUAAUAACAUAAAUAGGUUAUGAUAGGAAGUAUUAAACAUUCCGGAAAUCGACGGCUUUGGGCGGUAUAGGUAUAAUAAAGAUUUUUUUAAAUUUAAUUUUUUAUUCAACGACUCGGCCGAUUAUUAUAGUUAUAUGGGUACAGUAGUAGUAAUAAUAUUAUUUUAUAAGUGCUUUGACUUUUUCAUUCUACACAAAAGCACAUUUGGAUAGCAAAAAAAAAACGCAUUGAUUCUGACUGAAGCUUGCAGGAAUAUUGGUUUUACUGUGAUGUGUGUGUGUGUAUGUGUUUGUUUGGGUUUGUAAACAAUUUUUCUAUCAGAAAACUUACUCCAAUCAAAACUUUACAGUUAGCAAGAACUUUCUUAUAACAUUUUUGACCUGGUUGAGGUAAUUUUUUCAAUUUUCCUAGCAGUUUUCUUAAUAAAUGGGAACAAUUCCUAAUUUUCUGACUAAUUUUUAUCGACUUGUUAUUGCUCUGACGACAGAAGAAAACUACGAUUAUUAACACUCUUUUCAGAAUCGUUUUUCAUUAGAAGCAUUUUAUCGAUGACUAUUACCCUAGAUUUCACUGCCCUCUUUAAACAAUAACGCACCCAUCAGAAAUUUCAGAAUUAUUUUUAUUAAUUUUAUUGAUGUUUUAUUGUUUGUUUUUUCUGUUUAUAUUAUAGCGGUUUCGAUUAUUAUAUUUUUUUGAAACAUGCAUUGCAUUCAGUAUGAAAAUUCAGUCAUAAUAAAUCGGUUGGUCGAAAACUAUAUAUUUUUUUUUUUCGAUCGGGCGCCAAUAUAAUAAUAUAGUACGAUGUUAAAUAAAUAUUGACCAAACGAGUGACUGAAAAUACGUGAUUUUUAAGAUGCUAUUCAAUAGUUAUUUUUUUCGAAAAUUAAUCUUCGCGGAUUAAUAUAACACAAGUAGGUAUAUUAACUGACCUUUUUCCUUAUCUUAUUUUAAAAAAAAAAUAAUAACAAUAAUAAAUAUACAAUUUUUCACAAACCUUUCUGUAAGAAAUUACCUACUCGUAUAUUAUUAUUAAUUCAUAUGUGAAAAAAAAACAACACAAUUUUGGCUACUCAGAAUAUCGUUUAACUUGGAAAGAAAUGCCUCGUUCUCGGCGCAUUAUGACAAAAUUAUUUUUUAAAUUUAUAAUAAAAAAUAAAACAAACUUGUUUUUAAGAAAAUAAAAAUUAUUUUUAUUUGAAUACUCUUGGUUUUUUUUUUCUAAAUACAUGGGUGUUACAGAGUUUUACUUUGUUUUGUUUUGUUUUUUUUUUAUUAAAAAUCUCAUAAAUUAUUAUUUAAAUUCGUGAGCUCAGAUCUGCAAAUAUUCGGUCAAAUCGUAUAUUAAUAUUUUAAUUUAUUUUUUAUAGAUAUUAGAAAUAUGUAUACUUAUAUCAGUUUUAUUGCGAUUUUUAAAUAUAAUUAGUGGAAUUUAAGGACGUGUUAAAAAUGCGUAUGUUUAGGUUUACUUAAUUGAAGAAGUUAUCUAUUUUGCAAUUACUUAAGAGGAAUAAAAUGAUGCUUUUUGUAAAAUUACUUUUUUUUUUUUUUUUUUUUUUUUUUUGAUCCAAUGAAUGUUUUUAAGUUUUCGUGUAUCUACGUGCAGAUAACACUAUUUUAUGGGCUUAAUCAGAACUCCUCGGCUAAGUAGAAAAAGGAUAGUUUUUGUUUUUUUAAUGGCAGAUCUAACUCAAAAGAUUCGUUUCACAAUAAAUAUUAUAAAAAAUAUUAAAAAUUAAAAUGUGUACUGCGAAUAGAAUGUUUAUUAAAAAUGAAUUCGAGCGCCAAAUUACUAUAAUUUUGUUAUAAUAAGUUUAUAAAUUUUGUUUAUUGUGUAACCUGGUAAUUAUAAAUCCGGUCACGUGGUAAACGGAUAACAUUGUUUUUUUUCCCCGUUGGUAAAUUCUAGUUGCGAGUGCCCCAUAUUUAUAUACUGAUCAUUAAUAUAGCUUUACCCACGGACUAAUAUAUAACGGACGGACCUGGAGGUGGCUUGAAAUAGGUAGGUAUACAAAGGGGGGGAGAGUCCACCCCUCCCCACCAGAAAUUUCAUGAAAAUUAUGAUGAAAGUAGAUGUUUAAUAGAGUCUCAAAAUUGGUUUCUGUCAAUGUGGAAGAUAAAUACAAUUUUGGUUUUAUUUUUAUUUUAUUACUAGAAAAUAGUAGGUAGGAUAUUAUUGUUAUUAUCAUUUGUUGUGAUUUUCCUGAUUUUAGAAAACUAUAACUGAUACGGCGAAAUCGCAUAGUCCGUGUUAUCAUCACAAUAAUAUGAAUUACGUUAUCAUUUAGGCUGCAUUCACUAAAAAACAUAUUAAAAGUAAAAUUUAGUAAUAUGUAGGUACCUAAAAGAUUAAAAAUGAAUGUUACACAAAAUAUUGACAUUUUUAAUGAAAAAUAAAUAGUCCUACAAUUGAAAGUAGGUAACUAUGUAAACUUUUUUGUUAUGUGAGUAUGAAAAUGUACAACCUUAAAUCAUCCCCCCCUCCCGAAAUAUUUUUUUGUAAAACGCACAUGGCUUGAGAUAAUUUACUUGGUGGUUCAAUCUUUAAAGUAGUGUAAAAUAAUAAUACCCGCACGUUUUUUAAAAAAACUUUUUCAAAAAUAAUUUCACAAAUUAUCUUUAAAUAAACUAUAAUUAUUAUGUAUUUAUUGCUGGUAAUGAGCCCAUAUGAAUAGUGUUUCGCGCAAAAUGUUAAAAUAAAAAGGAAAGGUAAGAUAAUAGGGACGGGUGCAGCCACUGAUGUAAGUGGGAAGUUGUGAAGGUAGGAUAUAGAUGGGAAUUUAAGCAAUGAUAAACCAUUGUUUACGAAAAAGUGAUUCUGAGUGGAGUACAGUUAAAGUGAUGUUUUGUCAACAAUAUAUAUGUCAUUUGAUGACAAAAAAAAAAUUGGCUUUAUAUAUUUUUUUUAAUAAAAUUUGUUUAAUGUUGUAUCGAUUUUUUCAAUUUUUCUACAUAUUCCCCAUGUUUUAUCCUUUUAGAAAAGGUGUUACACCUAGAAAUCCGAGCAAGUUUUCUGGUAGAAUAGUUGCGCACAGAUAAAAAAAAACAAUUCACAUCUUUGUAAAACCAUAAGGUUCUUCGUUCCAAACAGAAUCUAAGAAAAACAUUUUUUUUUUCCGAGAACCGACUUAUUAUCAUAUUAUUUAAGGUAAAUGUUAUUGCUGUAAAAAACGACGCCCUGCAGGAAACUACGUUUAUAAUACAUAAGCUGAUUAAUCAGUUUACGUAUCUAAUCGUUUGUGUAGACGUCGUUUAGAUAAUAUAUUGGAGUACAAAUCAAGUUAUUUUUCUAAAUUAAUUACUCGGUACUAUUGACAAUAGUUUUCCGUGAUAACUACCGGUGAUGUAACAAUGAUAAAUUAACUUUUUAUGUUUCAUUUAAAAAUCGGCAUCUUUAAAUGCAUACCGUAUACGGUAUGAUAUAGGACGUGAAAUAGUCGAAGAAUUUCCACUAACCAAAACUCUGUAUUCCAAUAAAGAGAAGGGAAGCGCGUCUCGGUAAAACAAAUAGCCGCUCGCUAUACGAAUACAACCGGAAUCUAAAACAAAAUAUCGGCAAAUAAUUUUUACGUUAAUGUUACUACCCAUAUUAUGCUCGCGCAGAUUAGUUACCGGCUACACACCUCUGAGUACUUAGUACUUAAAUACUGUAAUUUAAGGGUGAGCAGAUAGUGUAAUAUAUCAGUCGGAAUUGUUUUGUAAUGCUUUCCCGUGUGCGCAUAUACUUACAUACGUAUUGUUUAUCCCCCAUUACCGCAGUUUAACAAAUCCAUGUGCUCGGUCAUCAUUAAUAAUAUUAUAAAACUCAAUCGUCGUUUAAUUUGGAUUGCGCGUAGGUACAUUGUUAUAAAUAUAUAUACAUAUGUAACUAUUUUAUUAGACGUUUCGUGUUAAGGCGGAGUUAUACCCACGAUUAUGGUAAUGCGAUAAUUAUUUAAAUGUAUACAAAAGUGAAUUAUUUGUUCCGACUACGAGUUCGGUAAAUAAUAAUAAAAAAAAAAAAAAAAAACCAAAUAGAAUACCUAUUCUUAUGUGGUGAAGCUUGAAUUGAAAACCGCAUCAAUUUUGACGGAAAGGUACUCGGUUUUCUCGUGUCUUGUUGAAAUUGUAUCUUCGAACGCUUGAUAAUGGCGAUGCCUAUAAUUUACAUGAAAGUGAAUGCGAGUUGAUAGAUUUUUAUUCUUUUUUUUUUAUUUUCUGAAAUGUACACGUUUUAGAUUUCGAGCGUAGAUAGGAGGUAUUGGUUUUACUAAAACGUUUAUUUUUUUUUUUUCUUUUUAACUUUUUUACUUUGUUCUAGUAUGUAGACACGUUUUUUUUUAGUAAACAUGCUCCAAUUUUUACGUGUAGCAACUUUAUUGAAAGCUCAAGUUGUCUAGUUAAUAUUUUAAUAAGGUGAUUUUGUGAUUUUCGACUCCAUUUCUUAAAUAAAAGCACGUAAGUGAGAAAAAUGUAGGAAUGUGUACAAUUUCACAAUUUCAUUAUUUUAUAAAAACACGAAUAAUGUUUUUUACCAGGAAAAAUGAUUUAAUCGAAAAAUCACAAGAUAUAUUUUUUGUUUCCUUUUUGAUUUACUUUCUAACGGUAUUGUUGCCGAAACUUUUGAGCUUUUAAAGAAUUUUAAUUUUUGGGAGUUUUUGUUGUAAUUCGUUUAAAAAUAUACGUAUAGACUUGAAACUUGGUUAUAAUAUUUAUAUUAGAUUUACCUAGACGUAGUAAAAUUUUCAAAAUCAUCAAACGACUUUUUUUUUACAAUGGAACAUUAAUUUUUUAUUACACCACUUUUAUCCUAGAAAAUUUGCUUCGAUGUAUAGCACCUUUUCUGAAAAUAAAUUGUAUUUAUUUGGUAAAUACAUAGGUCAUUUUUUGAUUUUCAAAACGGUACUUGAAAUAAAAAAACAAACCGGGAAAAAAAUACGAUUUUUUCACGAUUUCGGUAUUUUAAAUAAGUAUCUACCACGUUUUCUAGCACAAAUAUGGCUCUAAUAGAAAAAAGGCAAGAGACCUUUUUUGUUGAAUUAUUAGUCUUGUUUUUAAUGAUGUAGUUCGUUUUUUUUAUUUUCAAAUUAGUUUUCAUAAUAAUCGGGAAAAAACGUAGGAAGGAUAGGUUAGGUUUAUCGUUGCUUACAGAUAUAAAUGAAAAAACUACCCAUCUACAACAGUGGCAGUACUCAUCCCCAGUAUCAGCUCUUUUUUUCCGAGUGAAUCCAUAAAUAUUAAAAUGCGAAAGAGGGGCUUUUCUCUGCCUAGCUAUUGGAAAACAUAUUAAUACGUUAAAUAUUGAAAGCAAUUGUUAAAAAAAGGGAGAUUCGUCAUUGUACAUAUUAUGUAAGAAAAAAUACCUAUAAAAAACUACAAAAGCUUCUUAGUCAUCAUAGCUUCUUCGAUCCUUUUCGAUUUUUCUUACAGUUUUCUAAAUAGUUGGGCAAAACCGGGAAAAACGGGAAAGUUUACGAAAAUACUAAUUUCAUUGUUUUUAAUUUUGGUUUUUUAAUGUAAAAUAUAUAUGGGUAAAAAUAACAAUCAUAGAGAACUUACAUUUUCACAGAAUUCUUAUAAAAGCCUUUUUUUAGACGUAAUUAAAUUUUCUAAACAUUUCGACGAAAUUUGAACUAUUUAUAAGCAUUUGACCUUUUCGAGAUUUUUUGGUUUUAUUCAAAUACAAAUUAAAUAACUUUAUGUAUUUUACCUAACCACCAAUUCACCUACAACAGUGGCAAACCAGUUCCCACUUUUUAAAGUUUUAGUAUCAUACUUUUGAGCUUUUUUUAUGAGCCAAAAAAAUGUAAUUUGAAUCUUAGAUGGAACAAAUGUUAAAUUAAACGAGAAUUAAUAAUUUUAAAAGUUGUUUUUUAUUUUGUUUUUUUAUAUUACUAAGAUGUGAUUUUUUUUUUUAUUUAAAUAGCUGUCCUACCAGAAAUGUUAUUUUGAUAAAAAAAAACACUUUAUGGGAACCUUAUUGUAACAUUUUUGAUCUAUUUGAUGUCUUUUUUCGAUUUUCUCAUUAGUUUUCCUAAUAAACGAAAAAAAAACUGACUAUUUUUAGUUUUAUUUUUUUUUAUUUUAGUGCUACAUCUGGAACAAGAGAAAAAUACGACUAAUAAUAAUCUACUCAGAAUAGUUUUUCAUUAGCAAUGGUUUAUUGUGGCACAUGGAUAUAAAAUAAAAUAAUCUGUAUUAGGUUUAUUCUCCUUUCCAAAUUACCUUCUAAAACAGUGACAUAUCCAUCAGCAGUAUAGUUAUCUGCCUUUUUGCAUUUACUUUAUUAUGUACGAUUUUAAUUGGUCGUCUAUUUAUUUAUAAACGAUACGGUCUCCGCAGCCUGCCGUCGUCGAUAAUACACAUUGUGAAUUCGAUAAUAAUUAAUUUUAAUAGUAAUUAAUUUUAUUGUUGUUUACACAUACCGUGGCUAUAUAUUAUUCCGAUCGAUUUUGUUUCCAAGGACUAAAUGAAAAGUGAUGUUUUUAUGAAAACCAUCAGGUAUAAACUCAAAUAAAUAAUUUCGUUAUGGUUUAUCGAUAUUAUUGUCAACACAAUUAAUGUUCGAAUAAUACACACGAGAAGCGCGAGUAUUUUGUGUGCACGAACAACAGUCGUGAAUAUAGGUAUUUUAAUUUAUACUUUUAAUAUACGUUUUAAAAUGUUCGAAUUUCCGCAAUAAUUUAACCACCAAGUUAGCAAUUAUAUAUCAGCAUCAUCACUGAUAAUGAUAUAUUAUUUAAGAAUUUUAUACUGACCUGGGGUAGCUAAAUAAUCGUAUAAGGUACACAUUUAUAAAAGUACAAUUUUCACCUCGAGUACUGAUAAAAACAUCGCGCUAGAUGCAGUUUUUUUAUUUCAGAUCCGGAGCCUAGCGAGAAAUGUAUUUGGUUUUACAAUGAUGUUUAUUUAUUUCUUUAUUUAUAAACAACUUUUCUACCAGAAAUCUUUCUCCGAUUUUCAAGUGUAGUACCUUUUUGGAAAGGAAAUUUUAACUGGGUGGUACUUUUUAAACGAGUAAGGCUUUUUGAUUUUCCAAGCGGUUUUCAUAAUAAUUUAGAAAAACGUAGGGAAAACGGGAAAACUUACAUAUAUGUAUAAAAGAAAUUUCGAGCUGAAUCGUUUUCCGUUAGCAAAGGUUUUUUUACAGAAAUAAAUUAAAUUCUUCUCUAUAUUUUACCUUCCCAACUUCUCACCUACAACAGUGGCCCACUCAUCGUGCGAAGUAUGUCCGUCUUUCUUCAUAUUAAAAUAAAUAUGAUUUUUUUUUAUCAUAAAAUAUAGUGUAUUGUUGAGGUGACCAAUUCGAUUACGAGUUUUUUCAUCGCAUGUAAUAAUUGUUUUUAUAAUCUUUUAUAAGUUAUUUACAGUUUUCACUAUUCUCUAUUAUCUUCGUACAGUUCAAUAAUUUUGUUUGUUUAUGAUAUUUUAAUUAUUUUAAAAAAUUAAGCUUAUUUUGGCUAGUUUAGAGAAGUACACUUCUACCUUCUACAGAAGUGGUCUAAAAAUAUUUAUAUAUAUAUAUAUAUAUAUUUGUUUAAUGAUUAUUAUUUAUAUUAUUAUAAUAAGUUUUAUUUUUUUCAAACUGAAUCCUGUUGUUCUUUAAAACGUUUAAAGACGAAAAAUUAAACACCUUUUCAACCGAAUAUAACGAUAUCUAAUGGCAAUACUAAAGAAUACUUAACGCUGCCUUAAUGCAUAUAAGUACAGAACUUAUAUGAACGUUUCGGUCUGCAUAAAAUAAUGUACGAGCUGUUUUUGUUAAAAUUAAAAAUACUUCCUCUUUAUUAUUUUCGUCCGAUUUUCCAAAAUAAUUAAACCAUUUUUAUGAAAAGCAUUCUUUCACAACGACGACGACGACGACGACGAUGACGAUGUUAGCCCACCCACCAGAUCAUGGCUGCACGGGUAGUGAAUCGGUUGAAAAAAAAAAUGUGAUUUUGAAAACGUAUAACAGCGGCUCGUUCACCUACGUCAUUUCGAUCAUUUUAAUGUGGUAAUCCUUUCCCUUCGUGGAACACCCGGUAUACGAGAGUACACUUACAGAUUUAUUACGUCGCGUCGUGGCCGCGGAAACAUCGUUCCUGCACAAAAAAAAAUCAUUCAACAAUUUAUAAUAUGUUUAAUAAAUAUCGUCUGUUAUUUCACUCCCUAUACUUUACUUAGAUAGGUAUAAUAUAUUUGAUGACAUUUUUUGUAUCCCGUAUAUAUACUGCAGUAGCUGCAGUUUAAUAUGGUUACAUGACGUCAUCGUUAUUUUCUUUCGGUCGUGUUCUUUAUUGUAAAUCAUCUCGUAUAUAAUUUGACGAUUUUUUUUUUUCCAAGGGAAUUAUAAUCGUUGAGAAAUGUGGUAUUUAGAUCGAAAAACUAUUUUUAAAAACUUAUUAAUCAAUCAAAAUCUUUAUUCAAAAUUUAAAUCCGCCAAACUCAAUCUUUUUUCAAUCGUAUUUGGGUUUUCGGUUUAAAACGUCAUAGUCGUUCGCGAAAAUCGACUCUAGCGCCCUAUAAUUUUACGUUCUGUUUUAGCCUUCUGAUAUUGUUGAAAUCAUUAAACAGUUUAAGAAACUUGCGAUUUUUAGUGUUGUACGCGAAAACUUUGAGUUUAUUCGAUUAUUAUAAUAUAUUUGUCCUAAGUGUAUAAAAUUAACUGGUUUUUUUUUUUUUACUCCCAAACAAUUUAUAUAUUAUAAAAUCACAACGUAGUAUCACCAUCAUUCGUUCAUUACACGUAGUUUUACUUUCGCGUAAAAUAACCGAUACUACUAAAAUAUGUUAUCGUGACGAGUAUUUUCAUAUCAGCCAUAUCAUGACGCAUACGCGUGUAAUUGAUUUAUUUUCGUUUAUAAUAUAAUACGCGUAUAUUGACAAUAUGUUUUUGUUUAAAUUUAUAUUUAUUCGUGUCUUACGUCGUCAAAGUUAAAAAGUUUAAUUAUAUGCAAACUUCCGCAGUAUAUUAUGCAUCAAAAACUAUUAUUGUAGAUUAAUAUAGUAUUAUUGUGUUAGUCGUUUUAUUGAAUUUCUACUAAAAAAGAACAGCAAUAUGCAAUGAUGCAUUUAAUUUAAUUUUGUUAUUAUUAUUUCGUAUUAUAAUAUCAUAUUCAAUGAAUAAAUAACAUUAUUCAUAUACCAAAAACAGCGAGAUUUUUAGUACCGUUUUAUUCCCCAAAAAUAAAUAUUUAGUUAAAAAGUUGUUGCUUUUUGUUAUUCAUAUGCACGUAUUAGGAAUCUACAGAAAAAAAUCACGUGCUCUAAUUUUUUGUUUGGGUACAUAAUUAUAUAAAUAUAUAUUAGUAUCUAAUAUUAAAAAGCUUCACUUUUAUUUUAUUUCGUUAUCUGUAGGUACGAAGCCGAAUUAUUUUUAAUUUAAGUCACAGAACCCUUCGACGCAAUAUGGGCGGUUUAAUUUGGACCGUUAAUUUAUAGGUAGGCUAACGUAUUCUAUUUGGACUUUGUAUGUUGUUGGAAAAUAAGCGACCACUCUUUAAUCGUUUAAAUAGCCCACUCGUUAUAUUAGCACUUUAAACGCAUACUGCAAAAAAUAGUAAAUAAAAAAAGCGAGAAAUCGAUUUAUAUGAAUUAUAAUAUGUUCCAACAGUUCUCAUGCAGUUUCUAAUUGUUUCCGAAAAGCAAAACAUUUUUUUUUCACCAUUUUUAAAUUAUUAUAGGUACAUUGUUGACUGCGUAACACUAACCCGUUCUUUUUAACGCCGUUUCAUUUAUUUUUCGCACAGCUCAUAUCGAUACAUGAUCGAGAAUCAUUCAAGACGAAUGCUAUACUCGCAACUGGGCUAUGUAUUAUUACAGCUAUGUAUUUACAGACUAUCUGAGAGUUCAGCUCAAGUGACAUGUAAAUUAGAUUAAAAAAACAUUUUUUAUUAUUAUUAAUUUGUUUUUUUUAAAGUCAAUACUUUGCAAAAUAAUGAAUGUUUCAAGUUCAAUGAAUCACCUCGUAUACUUACUUAUAUAUAUAAACCUAAACGCGGCUGAUCAAUUUCAGAGUGAAUUCUACAAGUAUUAAAUCGUAUAACUAAUAUAAUAUUAUAAUAUACCCGUAUAGUAUAGACACGAUUAAUCACAAAUAGGUACACCUGACCGAAACGCGUUUUGCAGGAAAUUUAUACCGAAAUCGUAUCGCAGACAGCUGAUAUAUUAACACAUAAGAUAAAUUAACGAGUCGACAACAUAAUAUUAUACGUUAGAACCAUAGUCAGCUGUUUUACUAUUAUAAUAUUGUAUUGACUGAUUGGACUUAGGACAGGUACUUAUAUCUGAAUAUCGACGACAGCUGGUAGGGAAUUAAUCCGCGUAGAUGAUUUGCACCCCUGUCGAUAAGCAUAGGCGGAAAUGCAUUUUUUUUUUUUUGAAGGUUGAGUGGCUAGAAUUAUUCCUAUAAAUUAUCUUAAAUAAGGCUUGUUGUAUAAAACGUAUUUGAGGAAGGUAUCGAUUAAUUGAGCUUUGGCUAACUUGGGAAGAGGGCUAAGCCCCAGACCCCAGCACUGACCGACCUCCACUUGUGCUCUGCAGGGUUAAAUUUCCAGCAACCGGACACGCCCACGCUAGUGUAAAAGUGCCUAAUUAAAUAUAAUAGCAUUUUGCAUUGUGUUCUUCGUUGUAUAAUAAUAAUAACGUAGGCACUUAUAGCAAUAAAUGGUCACCAAUAACACUUUCAAGACUGCAGAAAUUUUGCGUAACUUUUAUAUUUAUUAUUUUAUAAUGUAAAGUACAGUAGUUUGAUAAAAACUAAUGCUGUUAAGGGUUUAAUAGUAAAUAUUGCGUGUGGACGUGAGAAUAAGAUUCCACGCUUGCGAAGCGAAUAGGAAAGAAGGGACAUCGCGAGCAAUAUGUUAUCCGAACUCGGUAAACGAUGCGAUUGUGUUUUUUCUUUCGAAAAAUAAAAGUACGCGUGUGGUUAGAGGAAACAAUACUUUUAGUAAUAAUUGUUUUAAUUGUAAGUUUAACGCUGCACAUUGCUCGAGAUGCGUCGUGUAACGAAAUUGGGUCAUCGGCAAGUGGGAGGGGGUGGGGGUCCCGUAAGACAUUUCACAUUUUUACGGUGAUGUGAUGUUAUUAUUUAUUAUAAUAAUAAUACAAAGCGAGCCUUUGAUUAAUGAUUUCUAAAAAAAAAGAUGGAAAAAACGCGGCCGCGCAUAAUAUUUUCAAAUUAAAUGUUUUAAAUUAAUAAUGAUAGAUUAGGUAACUUUACGUAAGUAUAUAUAACAUUAUCGGAAGUUUUUUUUUUUUUUACCUAACUACCAACGUGCUUAGUAUUAUGAUAAUGUACCACAACAAAGGCAAAUAAUUCGUUUCGGAUGUGUAAAGAAACUUACAAAUAUAUUAUUAAUAUCGCCGAAUAGUUGUAUGGUAUUAUUAUUCUUCACCUUCGCCUUCGUCCAAACUAUUUGGGGGUCGAGCAUCAUCAUCCAAAAUUUCCUCUAGACCUGAUCUCUCACUACACAUAUAGUUUCAGAUUCCUCUUUCCCCGUAACACGCCCAAACCGUCUCAGUCUAUUUUCUUUCAUUUUGUCUACUAUCGAAGUCACGCCUAAGCCACCUCUAAGUAUAUUAUUAAUAUUGCCAAAUAAUCGUUUAGUAUUAUUAUUAUUACAAUACAAUUUAUCCUAGGUACGUGAAAAAUAUAAUAUUUUUGAAAAUGAUUUUUAAAGACAUUUUAAUGGUGGUAAUUUUUUAGAGUUAUGCUAUUAUAUGCGGUAGGUGCAAUAGCCAGGGGUACUGGGGUACGUCCCCUCCAAAAAAUUGUUCGUUUUAUUGAUUAUUUGAAUCAUGCUAAAAAAAUAUAACAUAAAGUAAUACAAACUAUUUUUAUUAUUUAUUAUUGUUCCAACGAGUGUGUUCGUGAAUUUUACUGAGUAUAAAAUAAUAACAUUGUCAUUUUCGAAAUCGAGAGAAAUUGUGCUGCGAAGAUACUUAUAUUAUAAUAAUCGAUCGUAUUGUUGAUUCUGAAGUAUACGAAUUGGCCGUCCGGAUGUUUGUUCACGGGAACGAGGAUUUAAUUCUAAACCAAUAUAAGAAUAUAAGACAAAUAGAAAAAAACGGUUUUUCAUCGUCAACUGUCAAGAUUUACUAUUUAAGAGCUGCGAAAUUACUCACCUUAUAAUACGAUACCACUUUAAACAAUUAAAUCCAAAGUUUUUUUAAAACGAUUACUAUUAUUACGCAUUUUAAGCUGGGCAUAUUUUACGCUACAGGGAGGGGGACAGUGUCGUUUUCACCUUGUAACUAUAGGGCAUUGUGCAAAAACUUUUUUAAUCCACGACCCCCCCAAAUUUAUUUAUUUUGAUGACGUGACCCCUAUCAAUAGGCUUAAUUUUAAGGGACGUAUAAUAGGCAGCUGCCCCCCUCAUCAGUGAGAUUACUCGUUAUAGAAGACUCGUACGUAACUAUUUCAUAAUGAAAUAUUUCCUCUAAUAAGUACUGUCAAACCUAGAGAUUAAACAAAAUUACUGGUAAAAUUCGUUUGACAAUAACCUAUAUAACGUGUGAUAUGUUAAGUCAAAAUUCCAAUCCAUUUCAUAAUUAUUGUAUCACAAAUUCAAUAGAAAUAAAACUUGUUAUCGCAAAAAAAUAUGACACAACCGUUGUCUGCGUCGCAUGUUAUAGCAUUACACCGAUGGUACAAAAUAAUUCUACGAUAAAUAUUCGUAGUCUAUAACUUUUUUAAUUUGAUGCUAAGUUGUUGGCGAUAUUCUGUUAAACUGUCAAUGCUUCCGAGUGAGGCCCACGUAUUAAAAUUGAAAUUUAACAAUCCGGCUUCACUUUCGAUCUUAUUCUGUGAAAGAUUUCCGAACUUAGGGUGCCAUAGAUUUUGUUUAAAACCGUCAUAAUUUCAUUGUCAGUUUUCUCCUAGUAUUCUAAAAAAAAAAAUUACUAAGUUCCGCAUGCCUCGACAGUAUUAAAAAUAUUUUAUACCAUAGAAAUCUCCCCGAUCGAUGGUUUCCGAUAAAAACGAUAACAAUUACAAUAGCAGUCAUCGAAACUUGUGGUAAUUAGUAUUUUUAUAAGAGUAUAAAUAUAAUAUAAUAUGUGACCGAUUCGAAAACGGACGACUGUUAUUUGUAACGUGCGCCCAGUGUUCAUUUUUGGUAUUCAAAGUGGUCGCUGUGGUUCAAAAUUUGUAUUCGACAGUUGUCGUGCUCGAGAUAGAUAGGUAGGUACCCGAUUGCAUGUUUCGGUAUGCCUAAAGCCCCAGAAAUCCGAACGCGGGCUCGGGAGCGUCCGAUUCUCUUAUUUGUCUAAAACACAGCGAAACUCGUCUAUGAAUAAUAUUGUGCGUUUUAUAAGUGUUUAACGACGACGUUUUGGGACGAUUUAAAGUACCUAUAUGAAAAUGUAUCAUGACAGUGGCUGAAUAAAUUAUGUGUCUCAAAUACUUAUCUAUCUACUAAAUAAUUAUCUAUCGAUAAAUGAAACCUACAAUCAACAAAUAACAUACUUAAACAUAAAAGCAUCUAUCGUCAUUUUUCCAUAUGCUAUUAACACUCCCUUCCCCAAAUAAUAUUUUAGUCCUUUAUGCAUUAAUUUACCUUAACCUAACUUUGUAUACAAUUGUUUGAAAUUCUUAUAAUUAUCAAAAACCAGCAGAUUUUUUUUUCAAACGUUACAAAAAAAUUCAAUCCGUCACUAGCGUACCGAAAUGUAAGAAAUCACAUAAGUAGUUACACGAAUAUCCAGGACUGUAUUUGGACACUUUACGUCCCGGGGUAACAUGUUUUAGAAACAAAAUGAAGGUUAGUGUCUAUGUUCAAUUUUUUAUUUUCCAAAAAUAGUCUUUUAAGGUAUUGAAUCUUAAAGUGUCUGAACGAAUUGUGUUUUUUUAUACUUUGAAAGUUAAAAAAAAAAAUCUGUUGAAAACGUGAUAAAAUUACAUUAUUUAAAAUUCAAAAACAGAUUAAAUUUUAGCGGGUUCAAUUGAAUCGCUAAAUGUAAAAAAGGAACAUUUUCAAAUUCUAAGCGUUUUACAAACAAUAAAACUUCUUAAGAACCUCAAGUUUUAUUAUAUUUCAUAAAAUAACCGUAGACGCUUGUGAAUGAUAACCAACUUUAUAUAAUUAAUUAUUAACAUGAAAUUUAUGUUAUUACACAUUUUUUUUCAGAGAUUUAGUAUUUUUGUCUUUUCAAAAAAUUUAAAAAAUGUUAACAUAUACAAUGUAUAUGUUUAAAUACAUGUACUAUUUUCUUUUUCCAUUUUGCAAUUCAAUUAUAAAACUGAUUUUUCGUAAUAACAAUGCUUUUAUAUACAUUUUCCGCUUUACGUGUACUUACCUCUCCUACCCCUGAAUAUGGGCCUGGAAAAAUCAAGUCGAAAAAUAUGAGAAUAACCAUAAAAAGAUGAUAAUUCAUAUUGUAAACGAGAUGUUUUAUCGUGUCGGUUGAUACGUAGGUACCUAUAUUAUAAUAUUAAUAUUUUAAUAUUUAUUCCGUCGAGCAUUCCAUUGCAUUAAUCUCGGGCCUUUGAAACCGUGAAAAACUUUUCACAAAACGGUAUAAAGUUCAUCGUUACUGUAAGAAUAUGGCUACGGGCAGUAUUUAAUUUUGAGAUUCCGUAGUUCCAGCGCUGACGUAAAAAUUCAAUAAUAUUCUGGUAUACACUAUAUACGGCAAACAGCGUUGUUCUCCGCGAUAAAAUAAACGAAACUUUAAUAUUUAAAAUAAUAAUAAUAAUAAUACGAUCGACAUUUUUCCACCAUUAAGAACACGAUGAACCUCGUGCUAAAUUUUCGAACAUUUUAAACAACAACUAAAAAAAGCAGAUAUUACUAAUGUCACACCGGUGUUGUAAACGUAGGACAUAUAAAGUUAAUUAAUUUAUAUCCGUAAGCCACGAGAAAUUAUUGCUAACGAAAUAAUAAACGGAAAUUGUAAAACGAACUCGCUACAUUCAAAAUUUAAAAAUAUCGAUGUUCCAAAUAUCUAUAAAUAGUUUGAAAAUCCCUUAGCGAAAUUUUUUCUUUAAAUUCAUUUCUUUAUAUAUUUUGAAUACCGCAAAUAGUUAAUACGAGGUUCCCAUUAAAAUAUUGUUUUUAUAAUAAAUUGUCUGUAGGCAUUUUAUUUGUUUUUUUGUGUUAACGUGGUUUUUUUUCUACCAUUGAAAAUCAUUGAUGAUUUCCUACUAUUGUGGCAAUACAAAAACGUGUCGAUUAUUUUAUACCAUAAAAAAUAUUGUUCAUGUUUCAUACGUUAAAACUUAAAAAUAUACUCUUGGAUAUAUUGUGUCGUGUAACCAUAUACGCAGUAACCAUAACACGAUUAUAGCAGUCUUCAGUUGUAUAUUAUAGGUAGUGACUUAUUUCUACCAAACUUAUAUACGGUUUUUUGAAAAGAAUUCUUUGUUUAUUGUUCGUACGAUUUCUCACUUACUACGGUAAGUACCUUUAAAACCACGAUAACUGUCAUAUAUCGCAGCGCCUAUUAUCUACCUACAAUAAAUAAUACUAUCCGUGACGAAAAUUGUUUUUGAAAAUAAUACUGGUGUUGUCUAUGUAAGACUAAGAGUAAGAAACUCUUCAAAUUGUCAAUUAAAUAAUAGUGAAAUGAUAGAUAGAACAACUUAUUUUAUUUAUAUUUAAUUUGUCAUCCUCGUGUAUUUUGUUUUACAAAGGUAAUAAUUUUAAUAGGUACAGGUACGUUUGUUAGGUAAUAUUUUACUGUAGAGUAAUACUUUAAAAUAUAAUCUAAUUUUAAUACCUAUAAGUAGGCUUAAGUACUUAUAGCUCUAAAAAAUAUACAAAUGUACAUGAAAAUACGGUUUUAAAAUCAUUAAAAUAUGAAUUUAAAAAAUAAUAAUAAAUGACAAUAAACAUCUUAACUAAUUUUAUUUUCAAUUAUAAAAAAGUAAUAACUAUUUAAUAAUAAUUAUUAAUUAAAAAUACAACUUUUAUUAUUCAACUUCAUUUGAAAAAAAAAUUGUCCUUUUCAUUGUCCUUAAAAUAUUGAACAGCUAAACAAGUACAAUUUAAAUUAUAAAGUCUAAAAAAAUAAUUAAUAAUUAAUAAUUAUAAAAAAAAUUACAAUAUUUAUAAAUGCCUUUGUCACUCUAACUAAAUAACUGUGUUUAGAAAAAUAAAUAUGUUUUCUUAAAAUGUUCGUAAAAAUUGCAUUAUUGAAUCUGAGUCAUCCACUUCUUGAAUAAAUUACGCUAUACAAUCAGAUAUUUUUUUUUAUAUUUUUAAAUGUAAAUCUUCGAUGAUUACUAAUUAACAGUACAUUUUUGUAAAUUGAAAUAUUUACAAGAAUACUUUUGAACUAAAAAGAAUAUUUAAAAGUAGAGCUUUGCAUACAUUUUUGUUGAAAGAACUCUAUUUACUUAAAUUUGAGUUUGAAAGUAAUUGUUACGUUAGUUUAUUUUUUUUUUAUUUUCAUUCCAUUCUACUUGCUCUAUAAUACUUAUCAUUUUUUAGAUGAUGGACAAUUUUGAAAUGUUUGUCACUUUCCAUUUUUUUUUCAAAUAGUACACAAAAUAAAACAUGUCCAUCGGACGUCAAUGUAACUUUAAACUCCGAAACAUAACUUUGUAGCCGGGUACUCGUAGAAGGUUGUACUUUAAGCAUUUCAGAAUUAUUUUACGUUAUUAUAAUUUUAUAAGCUAAAAUACAUAUAAUGGUUAAAAAGGAAAACGGAUAGCGAUUGUGGACGACUAAAAAGUAAAAUAAUACAACUGUUGAACAACUUAAUAAUUACGUCGAUGAACACGGGGAAAAUCAAAAAACAGCCACUCAGUUUAUUUUCAUAAGUAGAGAUCGGAUUUAUAUUCUCUUAUAAUCCACAAAAAGCGCUUUAAAACAUCAAAAAAAUCUCUGAAAAAAGCACUUACAAAUAUUUUAAAAAAAAGCAAAAAUGAUAAAGGAGUUCGAAAUUCUCUUCAAUUAUGUCCACUAAAUAAUAACGAAAAAGCCAAAUCAAUUUUAACCAUUGUUGCAUAAAUAUUUCCGGUUUUCCGAUUAUUGAAAAAAUUUAGUACAAAGAAUAUCAAAAAAUGACUUUACUACUAGAUUUGCUACUAGAAAUCACUUUUAAGUCGAAGAAAAUUACAAAACUUUUGGCAGAAAAGUUGUUCAUAGAUUGAUUUUUUUUCUACACAGAUAUUUAAUUAGUGGGAAAUAUUGGACUAUUCAAAAACAAAUAUGUUUAAUUAUUAUCAACACGAGACCGUUUCGACCGGUAUCGUAUUCAUAAAUUAUUACGAUAUCAUACUUCCCUACUUGACGAAAAAUAAUUACCGAAAUACGACCCCUCUACGUCAUUCUCAUCGCGAAAAUCAAAAUGCCCUAACCAAAAACCGAGAUAUCCUGUCGAAAUAUUAGUAGCUAUCUAUCUAAUUAAUAUUCAAAAACGGUUGCGGUGGCCGAACGUAUAAUGAGAAAUUUACAACAUGGUAUAUUGUAGGAUGGUGUAAGGUUUUAUCGUAUCGUUACCCUCGUAUAUUAAAUACACUAACAAAUCGUUGGGUAUUCGUGAGUCAUAAUCUUUCGAACACGUCUAAAAAUGUGGAAUAUACUUUCAAAAUUGAAAAUACUUCAAACUUAAGAACCUCUCUGCCAGACCUUAUUGUAAGAAAUUUAUAUGUUUGUGUAUGACUAACGCUAUAGGAUUCUAAAAGGUCAAAAACUUACAUCUUUUGAACUGAUUUAUGAAAAAUAAAACAAAUUCAAUACACAAAUAAUAUUUUUAAAUUUAAAAUUCUAAUAACAAAUAUAGCAAGCAUCUACUUAAGAUACUUAAGAUACUAAGACUAUAAGAGUUAGAUUACUUGUAGGUUUUGUAAAAUUUUUAACAAUAAAUUUAAUAUAUCUAAAAAUAAUAAUGGUCUAACAAAUAGAACAUCAGUUUUAAUUUUAAACUCUGAGCGUAACAUGAAAUUUAUUGAUUUUACUGUAUAACAUGUAUUUUCUUCUGUCUAUGAACCACCGUAUUAAAAUAUUUUAGUGCUACGCGAAAUCUGUCCAAAUAAGCUUCGAGUGCUCUCCCGUGAGAAAAUCCUGGUUACGCGUUUGAACUUGCUGAUGGUAUAAAUACAUAGCGGUGGUCAUUGUAAUACUGUAAUUGAACGGAUUGAUUGCGUAGUCUUAUGUAUAAUUAAAAUGGAAGGCUCUCUAAAUAAUGUCGAUUCGUAUAUACGUGAAUCAAUUAUUACCGCCUACUGUGAUUAAUGUACCUAUACGAAUAUUAUAAUAUGUGCCGUACAUCAAAAUCCGUAUCGUUCAAUGUUGUAUAAAAUUAAGUUUUAAAAUAUAUAGGUAAAGAUAAGAGAUAAUUGAUAAUUGACUAGUUAAUUAGAUGGAGAUAAAAAAAAUACGUGCAAAUGUAAUUAUCUAGAUAAUGAUAAAUAAUCAGAAACUUCUUUUCUAGAUAAUAAAAAAAAUCUGGUUCAUGGUCGUAUAAAAUGACCAAGUGUUAAAAAGUGUAUCAGAUUUGUUUCACAUCUUCUAGAUAUCGAAAAGAUUGCGUGGUUGAUGUAACUCAGUAGUAUCUAUUUAUUUAACUAUAGGUAAUAUUAUAUGUAUUAAUAAACAAUACAAAUUAUUUCUAUAUAUAUAUAUAUGAAAAUAGACCGAAAUAUACUCAUCUGAAAAUAAUUUAUCCAGAUCAAAUACAACACGGCUCGCGUCAUAAUAAAAUUGUUAUUAUUAUUUAUUAAUUUCGGAACAAUCGAUUUCAUGAAUUAGGAUUUUAUAUUAUUAGAUGAUAUUUCCAAACGAAUCAAUUAUUCUAUCCGAUAAAUUAUACGAGUGAACUUGCUUUUGAAUUUUUUAAAAGGAUAUUUUAGGUAUAUUUUGACGCGAUAUUAUGUUGAUGAGAUCGGAGGAAAUUUUAUUAUUUUGGUGCUAUAAUAGUUUUUUGAUAAAAUUCACCAUAGAUUUAACAUAGACAUUUCGGGUUUUAGAUCGGAUUUCGUAAACGUCGACAUUUUCGUCAUGACACGAAUCGAUGAGUAUAAUGUUAUUCUAUAAUAUAGGCCAUGUGCAAAAUGUAAUUUUAAUCACUCCUAAAAUCUCAUGGUUCGUCAAACAGUGGAUAGUAAUUUGAGCGUAUAACUGCGGUGCAACACUUGCAAACAAUUGUACGAUAAUAAUAUAAAUAAAAUAUAACUGCCUAUAAUAACGGUAAAUUAUGAUUCGUGUCAUAUAGAAUUUAAAAACUUACCUAAUUGUUUUAUAAACCAAAUGGCGAGAAAUCAAAUUUCAAAAAUUCAAACGCGAUAAAGUAUUAAUUAUACUAAUCUAUCUACGGAUUUAUGACAUGUACGAAUAUAUUAGAAUAAAAUUGUAAUUUACUUAAGAACGUCUUUACAGUCUCAGACUUACAAACGCACGAUAUAACGAUAUCACGUUCAGUAGGACAAAUGUUGUGCCAUUAGUUAUAACGUUACAGUGAAUUGACCUAUUGCCAGACUGUUAAAGAUAAGAACAUUACCUAGUUAUAUGCGCUCCUAUGUUGGUUUGUCCAAUAGUUUAGUUUUUAAACGAGAUAUGAAUGCGUGCAGAAAUAUCAAAAUUUUAAAAUGCUUAUUAAAAACAAUUUUUAAGCGUCUUGAGAGCAACACAGAUAAUAUUUUUUUGGCUAAAGAUUAAUUCACUAUAAACUGGGUCCACACCAAACGCGUAACUGCGCACCAACGUUGCUGCAACAUUUGAUCACUUGCGACAUUCUCGCGAGCACGGGUAUCCAUACUGCGUGCAAAGAUGUAUGUUAUAACCAGUGGCGUAGCCAGAAUUGUAUACUGAAGGGGGAUGGCACUUAAAAAGUUUCUACUUUAAUAGGUACUUAAGGAGGGUAUAGGUCACAUGUGUUUGAGGGAGUUCAACUUCAACAAAAAUAUUAAAAAAUGAGGUUUCAUCAAUCAUAUUUACUAAUUGACUAUUAUUAUAAUGAGUAAUUUAUGGUACAUUUUUCUUGUUUGAACUUUAACAAAUUAUUAAACAUCUCGAAUUUAAUGAAAAUAAAAAUUGAAGGUCAACAUUUUCAAAAGAAUUAGCUCUAUAAAAUUGUUUGAAAAUAAUAAAAUACAAUUUUUUUUUUUUUUUUACCAAAUAAUAAAAAUUUUUAAUUUAAAUAUUUAAAGUCCUUAUCCCUGUGAGAAAUAUAAAAAAAAAGCAGUAUUUUAAUAUUUAGAUUACAUCCAGAGAUUUUUCAAAUGAUACCUAUAUCUUCGUAGGACACCUUGUAUAAUAUUAUUUCCCGAAAUCUCUUGUGGUAAUUUUGCUACACUCCUCUAACAGCUGCAUACUUCUAGGAUAAUUAUGAGCGAAGGCAGUAAUUAAAUAAUUUUCAUUUGUGUCUUUUUUAUAUAUAUAUAUACUCGUAUAUAUAUUAACCACGGCUAGACCCAUUAAGUUUAUUCGCUAACAUAUAGUACCUACUCCUUAAAUAAUACGAUUUUAUACGAUUCAGUGUAGAAAAGGUUCUUCGAAGAGUGGAAAAAAGAACGGUAAAGGUAGUUAACACGUUAAUCGUAAAAUGGUUUGCCUACAUAAACACGGCCUAUGAGAGGCCUAUGAGGGUACUAUAGCCUUGUUACGACACUGCACUGGUUACAAUAUAGACAAGCGUUUUCUAAUUUAUGUUUAUUGUCAUAGCAACAAUACGGUAUUGAUGAAUAUAUGGUACAAACCAAUUGAACAAAAUGCAUCAAAGUAUUUUGAACAAAGCUCCAUGACUAGUAUACUCAUGUUUGUCGUGAGUGGAUUUAGUCUGUACCAAACGUGUCAAACGUUACAGUAACGUUGCAGAAUGUUUUGCGUUUUUGUGUUGGAGGAUCAACUAUUAAAAAAAUUACACGGAAAAUCAAAAACGAUAUUUAUUAAUGAACACGGACUAAACGACAGAGGAUAUUUUUCGAACACAUUAUAUUGUAAUAAGCGAGAUUUGCGACACGUGCUGCGCGGAUUAAAAGUUUUUUUUUACAUCGUUGGUUGAUGGAUACAUCUCGAAUAGUUUGUAUUCAGAAGACACGAGGUGAUUUACUAAGAAACAGUACACAGAUAGGUACUCAAAAUAUUCGUUGCGUGCAUCCGGAAAAAUUCGUCCAAAUAGAAGUAUCGUAACGGAAAUCUCCGAAACACGACAAUUACGAGGGGCAAUUGAUAUUAGCGGAUUUCGGUAAAUAAUUUACAAACAAAAAGCGUACAGGGCAAGAAAAACCUCGAAAACUUUCGAUUUUCUAUGAGUAUAAUAAAGUAUAAUUGCAUUGGAUCGCUAAAAACAUCACGUUCUUAACCGGAUUCAAGCAAGGGCGUAAUAACGUCAUUAUCGAAUCGAAAUGGCCACGAGAAGACGCGUUUUGUUGAUUUGCUAUAUUAAACGUAAAACGAAAAAAAACAUCCUGCGGUGGUGAUUCGGACUUUAUAACGUUUUUUAAAAAAAAUAAUAAAUAUUUCAAAAUAUUAUUACAGUAUAAUUACAAUCGUAUAUUCUACGUGCGUUGAGGAAGUUUAAUUUAUUUUUUUUAUUUUUCAAGUAAUAACAAUCAGCUUAAAUCUUAAUGAUUUUCACCGUCUGACUCGUUAGUUUUUUUUUAUUUCGCUGUAUAAAUGAUACUUUUCCCCAAUUUGAUCUCAGAGAAGAAUCAGAUGUUUGAGUAGGUAUUCGUUUAUACUUAUAUUGCGUGUAGGUAAUAAAUAUUGAAAUCUGUGGGAAAAAUAUGUUUUCUCAUAAAAUUCUCAGGACGGUGGUGUACAAUAGGAUAGAAUGAAAUCUAGCUCGGCAAAAAUUAGUUGUCGAUAAAUUCCAAAAAAAAAUGUAAAUAUCGAUAAUUAUUUAUCUACUUGUAGGGAUUAAAGGUUUAUUUGGUUUUUAAAAUGUAUUUUUAAAACUAUCAUAAAUCAUACAUACCUAUAUAACAACAUUUUAUUCUUAUUUUUAAUCGAAAUUUAAACUGUAUUUCUGAAAAAAAUGUCCAAAACGCAACAAAUGUUUGAAAUAAUGAACUCAUAGAAAAAAUGUUCAUAUUUUGAACUUGCCAUACAAUUAAUAUAACGAUUAAUUAUAAUAGGUUUCUUCAGCACUAGAAAAAGUGAUAACCAAAUUUUACGUAAACGGAUCUGAAAUGUUGAAAAAUAAAUUUUUAAAUUUCUUAACCAAGGUAAAUCCUACACAUUUUAACAAAAACAGGUUUAAUAUAAACGAGAGUAAGACAACAAUGAUUCAACUGAUUUAAGUGACUAUGAAAUUAAAUCAGAAACAGAACAAAAAUAAUUUGCAUCAGAAUAAUUUGAAUUACAACAUUACACACAUUAAAAUAUGUAAAGUAUACCUAGCUAUACCUAUUACAAAAUUUUAAAAGUUGUAAUUGCAUGUACAAAAUUAGUGAAUUACUUUAGGCAAGCUCUAAAUUCUUUUAAUACUGUAUCAUAAUUCUUAUACAUACUUUACAUUCCUAACUACCCACAUGUAACAGUUUCCAGCCUAUCACAGGUGUGAAGUAUGUCCGGUACUAUAUUGUUCAAUACGUUUUAUACAUUUCAAGUAUUCAUUUUAACUACUUAAAUCUUCAAGCUUUUCUCAUUUUAUCCGAAAUAUUCCAGACGAUCCGUGAGUUCAAUCGACUUUAUAUAUUACACCGUAUUGAAAGUCUUAUGGGUAGAUUACAUAUAAUAUUAGUUUGGUUUUACUGUUGAAUAUAUAAUACACUUCGACAUUAAUCCUUCUCUGUCGCAAGAAGAUUUACAUAAGUACCUAACAACCUAAAAAGGAAUUAAUUUAUUUACAUACUAAAAAAAAAAUAUAUUCAUAUAAAAACCAUCAAAACAUAACCAACUUAUUUGAACACAAUUAAAAAUAUUAAUAUGUAUACUUUUGCAAAGUUAUAAUAACAUUUUUUCGAGGUGAUAAACAAGAUACAAAAAUGUUUCACCCGGCAACUUUAGUAGACAAAUACUACAUCGAUAUUCGAUACGACAAUUAUCAGUAUUUUUUAAUUUUUAAUGGGUAAAUAAAGUAAAACCAAUAUUUUCUUCUUGAUAAACUAUCUGUAAAUAAAGUUUAAAAAUUCACGUGUUCAGUCGUAUCUGUAUAUUUAAAACAAAUUAGAAAGUUAAGCUUUGUUAUACAUUUUUAUAUUUUCACCCUGGUCAAAUCGUAUAUCUGAAACAAGGCUGUUAAAAGAUUUAAUCGUCCGAUAUGUUUCGAGACAUGUUCGAGAAAAUAAUGUUCCCACUUUAAUAUUUUGUUAUUUCUUUAAUCCCUGAGAGCUGAACACAAAUAUUAUUUUUUGUUAAUCGAGCGAAACGAUAACACCAUAUUUCUUUACGUCUUAUACAUAUUAUUAUUGUACUGUACGAACGCUAAAGAAAUUAUAAUUUUUUUUUUUCUUUGUGAAAACGUCGAACGAAAAAUAUUUAUUUUGAAAUACACUUUUGAGUAGCGACUUACCGAGAGUAUUUAUUCAAUGUUUACAGUAUAUAUAGGUACUUCCUGUAUCGGGAUGAGCCAUAUCAUACGACGAAAUCGUGAAAUCCCGACGAACAUUAUUGUCGAUAAUAACAAUGGAAUAACUACAGAGUUGUGUAAUAAUAAUAAAUAAUCAAAUCUGUGUUAUACUUAAGGAAUCUGUCGUAAAAAAAAAAUACCUAAUUUAUCACGGUAAGAGGAUGUUGUACCUGUAUAAAUCGUUUCGCGUGGAACCACUUUUCUCGCACCAUAUUAUAUACAGGUAUUUUUUACUGGUAUAGAAUUAUCAAAUUUUUACAACACAUAAAAACUGACUUUCAGUGUGUGUUGAGACCAAACCUAACCUAACCUUCUGAAUUUAUUGAGUACCUAUCAAAAUAAUAAGCACAUUAUAGAUACGACAUAAUGAAAGUACUUUCUUAUGUAUUCUGAAUUUUUUGUAACUCUAUGUUAUACUAUAUCUUUGGUUCCAUAGAAGAAGGUCAAGUUUGUAUAGUUUGCAAUGCAAUUGUCAAAUUAAAUUUUUAAAAUACAUACGCCUAAGCAAUUUAUACCAACAAAUAAAGGAGAAAAAAAUUACAAUAGACAAAAUCAUAAAAAAUGUCGAAAAUUAAGCCAUUUUCCUUUUAAAUGAAAGACAUAAUAAAUACGGAAAAAAAAUAAUAACUCUGCGCAAAACGGAAUUUCCGCUUACAUUUCAGUUUAUUCUAUUGUUGCACAUUAUCACAAGUAUAUUGUAAUAUACUUGUGAUAAUGUGAAACAAGUUUAAUGUUACAAAUUUAUCUCAAAGUAAAUUUGAGUUGAUACAUUUUCAUUUUUUAAAAAUAUUUUAUUGAUAUUGCUUAAACGCACACCCCUUUAAUCAUAAACGCUAACUACAUGUAAUUGAAAAACAGCAAGCUGAAGCCCCCCUUCUCAUCAAUGUUUUUGUUGGUGCUCGUGUUGAAUUAUCGACGUGAAAAAAUAAAUGUCCGGAUAAGAGUGGUAAAAUUAAACGGUGACAGGCUGUGCUGCGAUCACAAACAUUGUGAAUCUUAUAAACGGAAUUAAGACUCCUUAUUAUGGUAUUCAUAAUAUCCAAUCGAUCGCACCGAUUUUUGACCAAUACUGCAAUAUUUAAAAAAAAAAAAUUAUGAAAACAGUGCUAUUCUCAAUGGUUUUUUUUAUUAAAUGUCAUAAUCCGCAUUUUCAACAGAAUAUAUGUUUUUAACGCAGAGCUAAAAUAGGUGUCACUAUCAGUUCUCAAGGAAUACAACAUAAAAAACAUAAUAUUAUCUAGACUCUAUUCAAGAAUAUCGAAAUUCCAGUUUAUAAAAUAUUUGCAAUGAAAUAGAUUUAAAAUCGAAUGAACUUUAUUAAAAAAAAAAAAACAUCUGCUUUGUCACUUUGACGAAUUUUCCCCUAGCCAACUUGUCACCACCACAGUAUUUUAUUUUAUUGUAUAAUAGUGUUUAAUCAAUAACUAAAGUUUUAGUAUAUUUUAGUCUGUAGAGGUAUUUCAAUCCUGAUAUUUAUUGUGAAAACUUAAAAUUUGAGCAUAAAAAUAGUUGGGGAGAAGGUUGAAAGUUGAAAUUCCCAAAAAGCAAAUUCUUGAUACUUACACCAGGUCCGAAAAAAAUUACAACCAUCCGACUUAAUUUUUGGGGGUCUAUAAGGUAUACAAAACUAAAAAAACCACCCUCCUCUCUCAAUAACGUGGAAAUAAUAAUGGGGAAAUUCGUAUUAAAAUUCAACCAAAAUAUUGUAUCACAUCAAUCCGUUUAUAAAACAAUUCUAGUUCCCGAAUUGAGUUCUUCCCUCUAGGGAGAGCUGAUUAAAGUGUCCAAAAGUAGCAGGAUAAAGACUAUAUAGUUAUAGUACGCAAAAAAAAAUGAAUACCGAAAACACUCGAACGCCCACCGUUAUUAAAACACGAUACCUCGUUACCUACAUAGGUUAUUUGACCACGCAAUAAAUUUGAUGAAAUUAAAUUUGCCACGUAAUACUUACACCUCGCGUAUAAAGGAAAAUCAGGACAUCGUAUACCCGCUAUACCUAUGAUUUCUAAAGUGGACAAGACGCGAUUUUAUUACUCAUCGUUGUCGGUAAAACAAUAUGGAGAGACCGAGUUACGGAAUAUGCGCAGCUGCUGAUCCACAGCUGUCGUUUAAAAUUGAAUAUAGUGGGUACUCGAUUCCAGUAAGAUUUUCAAGAGAUAUUAUUAUAAUUUAUAAUUUAUAGCGUUGAUAUUAUUAUCGUUUCGCGGCCGCCCAUCAGCCACUUCACUGCAAAAUAAUUACCCCCGUGAAUAGAUUGCUGCUGAUGAUAUUGCGUGUAACCUCUUUGUCCUUUGAACGUUAUGAAAAAAGUAAUAAUAAUAAGUCUAACAAAACAUUAUCCUCUUAGUGGUAAGAAUAAUACAUUUAUUUAAUUAUUAUAUAUUUAAGUUUUUUUCUACGAGACGCUUAAUAAGAUAAGAACAUAGAUAUAAUGUAAGAUAAAAACAAACGUUCACUCGAAACAGAAUUCAUUGGAAUAUAGAGAAAAAUGCUAUAAAUGUGUAUUUCCUAAUAUAAUAUAUUGCCAAAUGAGCCAAGUAAGUCUUUUUCCAAAUAAAACUUUGAAUGGGUUUCAAAAUAUUCAGGAAUACUAUUUGAUGAACACAUAUUUUUUUUCAAAUAGUUUUGAUCCUACCUUUAAAUCAUUGGGUUCAAUAUUGUAGGUAGUAAAAUGUAUACCAUCCUUCGAGAAUGUGACGUUACUACGUAAACUACGUGUGAUAUGUGAAAUUUAUUAUGAGUCGAUUAUGAAUCAUCAUGUUGAAAAAAAAAAAAAAUUUGAAAAUACAAAAAUAACCGCAGUUACAAAAAAAAAAUGUAUUUUUGAACUUAUUUUCUUAAUUUUUUCCCCAGAUGUACAAAUUCUUAAAUCCGGCUCUGCCUUUGACAUACCUACUCCGUUAGACAUUGACGAUACUCCCUCCCCCUAGAAUAAAGGUCUAAAAUAAACACUGAUUGUAAUGAUUGUCUACUGAUUGUAGGUGUUACAAACUUCUAAAAUAUCUCCAACCUGUUGUUUCUGAUACUUAAACAAUUUUGAAGAACGUUAAAUAUUUUCAAGUUUUUUCUUUAAACUUUGUUUGGAUAUCAUUUAUAAUAACACUGGAAAAUAAACAUUAAUUUUGAAAUAAGACACUACGUUUCUAACAUUAAAAUGUUUCACCACCACCUAAUCUUCAAAGAAUCUCAACCCUUCAUUAAAAUCAUGUGUAAACGAACUUAGCUCAGAAUCAUUUUUCGUUAGUUAUAGUUUAUUGUUGCUUACAGGUACAAAUUAAAGAACUUUAUACAUACUACCUUCCAGCUUCUCAUCUACAACAGUGGACCAUCCAUCAGCAGUAUCAGUUUUUUUUUUAAUUUUCCAGUCAUUUUUCUUGGUAUUUUCACGAAAUCAUUUUUCUUUUUCGCUGCAACAUCAAAAUGUUCUAUUUUAUCGGUGUAUGGUUUUGACUACUGCUGCCAUGUCAUCAUUCUUUGAUUUUGGACCGAUGAAAAGAAGUAAAUCGAGCGGAUUGAUUAAAUCACUUUAAAUUUAUUAAAGUCGUAAAGUCGUCGAUAUAUACAAGCGAUUAGUUUAUGUCGAGUUACGUAAUUUUAUAACAUUAUAAUAUAUAACGAAAACCUGCACGCACCUAUAUGUAAACAUUAUUACAUUAUAUUAUAUUAUAUUUGUGUUCCUUCGGAGUUUGUUUUACGUUCUCGGUAGCUUUCCCUUGAGGGACCGCCACAUUUCGUCUAAACGAAAUCAUUUCGAUUAGGCACCUACGACCUACCUAUACCUGAUAUUAUGACUGUCUUUCGACGUGUUUAAAAUGUAUAUAUUUAUAUUUUUUCAUUAAGAAAUGCCGUUUCAACAUUAUUAUACGCCGGGCUUAAUACUAUAUUAUUUUUUAUUUACAAUGAACUCUUAAUUAACCGCUUAUUUUCGGGGUUUUCGAUUCGUGUAUGGCGUUUCACUUUAUAUUCGUAAAUCGUAUUACGCACUAACGCACCUACUUACUCGUAUAAUCGAGGAAAUCCCAUUAUGAGACACGCAUAAGAAAUCUAUAGGCAAUCUGCCUAACUUAGCUAUCGCGUUCCACUCUACCGUAGUUCGGUAAUCCACUAACGAUUACCAUCUAUAGUUCCUACUACCGAACCGGUGCAGUGUAGAUUGCCUACAACCGAUUAUAGUCACUCUUACUAACUUGAGGUUUAUCAAAAAACAGAACAACCUCUAUUGCCGCAACCACAUAUCAUCCAUUAUUGUACAUAUAUUAAUACUGGAACUUAAGAAAUAAAUUUACGCGGUAAUCAAAAUCAACUGAAUUCACGUCAUUUUAGAAGCGGUGACGAGUUCAAAGAGCAAAAAUCGUUUCAUGGUUUAUUUAUCUAUUCAAGCCAAAGUUUUUCGGUUAUCAAUAUUCAAUAAUGUGUUGCUAAAUAAGAAAAACAAUUUUUUUUUUUUUUUACUAAGUUUAUUAAAAAGUUAUUAGAUUUUCGAAACCAUAUUUUCAAUUGUAAAUUAUACACAUUUAUUAUCAACGGCAGUCAGAAACGUCAUAUCAACAUUUUUAAUUAGUUUUUUAUGUCAAAUCUCGAAAUUGAAUAAGUGAUAAUAGUUACGUCGUUAAUUUUAUAAUUUUUAUAAUAUACAUUAAAUUUGAAAAAUAUAACAUGUACUUUUAAUGAGAUAUUCCAAUUUUAAAUGAUGAUAAAUAUUAUUUAAAUUGAUAUCCUUGUCACGGGACUAAAAGGGUUUGAAAGAGAUGAAGGGAUACUACGUUUAUAUGCAGUCACUAAUACGCAGAAGUAAGACUGGAAAUAAAUGUUGAUAAAACUAAAUACCUAUACGAUAUUAUAGAGAAGAGUAAUACCGAACCACAUACAUACAAAUUUAAAGGUAGGCGUUUGUAGGUUCAUGAGAAUGAGAGUUUAGGGGGUCGGUAAAAAACGAAGAAGCCACCCAAAUAAAGGCAAAACUACAAGCUGGGAACGAAUGUUCCUAUAAAAUACCUAACCAAAACAAAAUUAAUUGUGUGUAUUUUUGAAAAAAAAAACAACUGAAAUUCCAGAUGGUUUAUAUUUCGCGCGGUGUUUUUUAAUGAACGAAUGUUUAAAAAUUCUAUACGCACCGCAGAAAUUCGGAUAGUUCGGAAUUCGUUUUUUUAUUUUACUGGUUUGACUUAAAAUAAUAAAUGUACUUUAGAGUUGGACUUUGUAUUAUGGGUUUUUGUUUAGAGACGGGCAGAUCCGUUGUAUAAUUAUUAAACGAGUAAGUUUGUAAGUUUGUAUAGGUACCAAAUAUCGUGUUUCGGUACCCUAAAAAAAACUCCCCGGUCGAAAUAAAAUCAAAUGAGCGUUUAUAAAGAAUUCUGCGCUUUUGCAAUGCGAUACUUGCACUAUCUCGGUAGAAAAAAAUAUGUUCAUGUCAACACGGUGACGGCACGACGAAUAAUAUCUUUCAAACACCCUUCACACUGUGAACUAAAAACAUUAAAAAUAAAAACAUCAAACGCGGUGUCAUUAUAAUGUUCUUUGCCCUUGAAAAAGAAAGCAUUUUGUAAGCAAAUCAUUAAUUUAAUUGACUAUUAAUAUUUAAUACACUUAGACCGUUAAAAAAUGCGUAAAAAACAAACGUGAUGUUUUUUAUUCAAAUAGUGUGUCUACAUUUUUACUGUAUACCAUCAAUAAUUGACGUGAGUUGGAACCAAGCCAGGUGCAUGCAGACAAUUAAAUAAAAUACUAUCGCACUUUUUGAAAUCAUUAUUAAAGAAUAAUAUAAUUGACUAUCAUACAAUUGUGAUAAAGACAGUGAAUUAAAAAAAAAUAUACCCGAAAUUUCGCUAUUUAUUUUUAAAGGAGUUUUCUGUGUCUAAAUCCAUAUAGUUAAGUCUAUUGAACACCUUAUAUAGUAACAUAUUGCUUAUUAUGUGUUCACUAGAAAAUAAAACUGAAAAUAAUUGAAUCAGUAAAUUGUGUGGCAAAAUAUUGUAUUUAUGUACAUCAAAUACUCUCAGUGGCGAAGAAAGAUAACUGAAGAACGUUACAAUAGGGAUGGGUAAUUGCCAAUUUGGACGACAUAUAGGAUACAGAGUAAUUACGUUAACAAGUAAUCAAGUAUAAAUCAUUACAAUAUUGAGAAAAAGAUUCAGAGUUUAGCUAGAUAAACUGGUAAAUUAAUAGUAUUUGUAUUUAUAAGUGAUAGUAUUUAUAUAGUAUUAUUUAUGAUUUUUUUUCUUUGUUGUAGCCAAGAUAACUUGGAAAUCAACAAAAUUGAGACCGACGACUUGUCGUCUUUUGUUUUCAAUAUUUUUUCACGCGUCUUAAAUAUUUUUCGUUUUUCCUAAACGGUUCAUCCCGAUUAUUAUGAAUACCGUUCAGAAAAUCAAAAAAAUGGCUUCCUCGUGUACCAAUACUAGAUUCAAUAUAGAACAAAAAUAAUCUUCUGCUUAUAAUUUACUUCCAGAAUACAAAUUUAAGAAAUAGUAAAACCAAUAAAAUUUUCUCGGUUCACUUAGAAUCUAAAAAAAAAACUUUUGAGUACGAACGCGUAAAUAUUUUAGUAUUUUUUUCCUGGGUUUAUUAAGAACCGUAUAAACCGUAAAACCGUUUUAGAAUAUUAUGUACAGUGACAAUAUUGAUAACAUUAAAAAUAAAAAUAAUAAAAAUAGGUAGGUAGGUACACGCAAAAUAGGUUUUGUUUUUACAUAUCUCCCUACUCAGAUAUAAUAUACAAACACACCAUACAGAGUGCAUGCGCAUUAUAAUAUAAACGUACAUAUAUAUAUAUAUUUAUUUUUUUUUUUUUUAAUAAAACAAAUAAAAAUUCAAUUCUCAGAAUAAACAUCGAAUGUAUUCCAUUAGCCGGCAGGGAAUUUUGUGCUCUAUACGUCGGAUUGUUACGCUUACUCCCACCACUAGCAACUUGCUCAGUAUUUUGCCAUUUUUAUAUGUAUCAAAUGGUAUUCUCGAGUUAAUAAUAUACAUACUAAUAAAUAUAGUAAAAUUAUCGCCAUUGUGGUAUAUUUUUCUAUGGCUAUACGAUUCAUUUGUGAAAAAAAAAAACAAAACGAUUUCACAAAUCUAUAUGGUGGACGAAGGUGAAAAAAUAUAUCUUUGUCCAUUACGUCGUGUUUAGGGUUUAUGAACCCUACAAUGUACUUAACUUGUCAAUAACGCCACGUAGGAUUUCUAGGCCUUAGGGCCAGGUAACCACAGGCUUAUGACGCCACCUAAGGUCUCUAAAACCUUUGAAAGAAAAUUAAUAAGAAAAGAAUAAGAUUGGGCAUGGCCUGUAGAACAAGUGUCUAAAAUGGUUUAUACGAUUUCGUUAUCGAUUUAUUUUACGGCGAGAAAAUAUUCUUAUAUGGUGACAGACGGAUAUCCGACAACAUUUCGAAAUUGUCUUUUUAACUUCCAUAAUUGUUCACACUUGAAUUUUUAACCGAAUUUCAGUGAGAAACUACAAAAUUAUUUUUGUUAUAAAGAUGUAAUUUUAAAUUUCACAUCUGAGAAAAUUUAACCACUUAUUUGUUUGUCUCACUCCUGACUGCAACUACUAAUAAGACGUUAUUUAGUAAACAUUUUUAAAGACGGUUUAAAUUUCUCGUAAAAAAAAAAAAAUAAUAAUAAUAAUAAUAAUAAUAAAUAAUGAAUAUAAUGACGGACAGGCGGAUGUAGAGGCUGCGUGUUCGACAUUCCGUUUCUGGCUCGGGGAGCGUUGACGCUUUUCAAAAAAUCGAUUUCCGCCGCUGGACCCGUAAUGAUAUAACAUUUAAGCAGUACUGAAUCCAUACAUCAGCAGAACUUAUUUAAAAUAUAUAUAAAUAUACAUAUUAAAGUAUAUAAUAUUUUUUUCUUAUCGAAAAGCGCAAGCUGGAAACGAAUGUGCAGUAAAUUUCAUAAAUCGAUAUUUUUUUUCACAAAUAAUCGGUUAAUAGUUUGUAAAACGCAGUUUUCGAAAAUUCCAACAGAAAAAUAAUAGUUAGUAAGUAGUUUGAUUUGCUGCAAUACAAAUAUUUUGUCCGAAAUGACUCUGACAUUAUAAACUCAACCGUUUUCCGUUAGUUAACCUAACCAAAACUUUUAAGUACCUCGGGGGAGAUGGGAGUAUUCAUCCUCUUCCGUGAUCCGUAUAAUGUGUGUGCAUUGUUAUAAAACUUGUUAUUAGUGUCUAAAAUUACUCAUUUUUUGAAUUUAAAUAUUAUAUUUUACAUUAAAUAUAAAUUAAAACACUCGCAUAAUAACUGUACCCGAUUGUCAUAUCUAUUAAUAUUAAUGUUGUGGUUAUUGCAUGCAUUUUUUAAAGAAUUUUUAAAAUACAUUUCUCUCCUACCCCCUUUCUCCAUCCACCAUAAGACGCGUCUAAGUAUGCCACUGACUUAGGUCCCUAUCGGACGAUGUAAUAAACGACUUUAUGAACUUUAAAGCGUUACGACACGCAGUUUCUAUACUUUCGGUAAAUAGCCAUUAAUAAUACAGUUGUAAAGGUAUUUCUAUAAAAACACUCGGUGUUUUUUUCUUCCCGUGAACAAGUUUUCAACCAGAAAACGUACUCCAAUCAAACAACUUCUUUAGAUAAACAUUCUUGCACUUUCCCGGAGUAAUGAAGGAACACUGAAAAAAACCCUCUGAAAAACGAGAAUAAGUAUUUACGUAAUGCCAGCUAUUUUUACGUCGAUUUUUUUUUUUUUUGGAAAUUCGGUAAGAAACAAACGAGCACAUUUGUAGUUUUCACCAAAUACUUAUGCUGCCUUAACGUGGUAUAAUUUCAAAAGUAUUACGGCUUUUAUUUUAAAAUAAUUAUAGUUUAAAUCUUAUAUGUUCGAUGUUUUUUCGUGUUAUGAUUCGUUUUAUGUAAAUAGUUUGUUUUUCUUGGUAAAAAAGCUCUAUAAUUUGAUUUUUAUCAGGCUAAAAAGGAAUAAAAAGUUAAGUGUAUCUAAUGUUACAAUUUAUUUCCACUGAGUGUUUGAAAUCAAAUUUUGACUAGUAGAAAUCGUGGAAAAUUAUUUUGUAGCUGAAAAUUAAUACAAUUUUCAAUUUAAAUUUAGCGAAACUUUUUAACCGAGCUUCACUCAUAAUCGUAUUUCAUUUGAAAUGAUUUAUCAUGAAUGGAGAAAAGAGGAGUAAUUAUAAAUAAAUUUAUAGUAUACUCGUAUUUGUUUUUAGAUCGACGCUAAUUACAAGUUAUAAUUUUUAUUUUUAUUUUGUAAGGUUAGGUUAUAGUUUUUACGGCGAAUCAGUACAAAAUGCGUUACAUUAUAUUUUUAAUUUGUACACGGCUAAAAAACAUAGGUACCUUUGUUAUAAAAAACACGUGCAACUCAAUGUAUGUAAAGUUUAUCAUUAUGAAGUUUGCCUUUUCACGGCUAUUAGACUUUAUGUACAAUGUAUAUAAUAAUUUUUUCUUUUCAUUUUUCCACUCGUCCUGUUUUGAUAUAGGUUGUAGGUAUACAAAAACAAUUCAAACGAAUUUUCAGUGCCUUUUUAAUAGUACUAUUAUACCUUGGAAAAAAAAAACAUGAAAAAAUGAGUUAAGUGUAAAAGUGUUGCGAGGCUUAAUCGGGUCAAAUUAUUACAUUACUUUAUUAAUUUAUGCAUAUGACAAUUCGGUAUUUUUAAUGGAUAACAGAUAAAAGUAUUAAAAUAAUUAUAAUAAUAAACAAACAAAAUAGAUAAAUCUAUAAAUAUAUAUUUAUUAGUUACAAUAGGGACGACAUUUAUUGUUGUAACUUCUUUUAUACAAAUAAUAAUCUUCAAUCUUCUUUUGUAGAAAAAAAACCACAUUACGUUGUAACUAAUGCAUUCUUCGCUAUUUUAGCAUUUUAAACCUGGCUCACCCAUAUUCAAAUUAUUUAAAAAUAAAAUAAAUCAUUUUUUUUAGUACUUACGAACACAGAAGUUACGAUUCUAUGAAAUAUAAUAAUAAUAAAUAUGAACUUUUCACUUAUAUUUAUAAGGUAAGUUGUGCCGUUUUAGUUGAAAUUUGAGUUCACGUACAAAUAACAAAAUAUAAAUAGAAGAAUAUUUUAGAUGGCUGACCUUAACUUUUUUUCUACAAAAUUGUACGAAAUUUAACGAAAAAGUAACAGUUAUAUUAGUUUUUGCAUUUUUUAAAUAGCAUUAAUUCUUUAAAUUUUGUAAUUAAUGAUUAUUGAUUAAAUUCCAAUUUUAAUCUAAACGCUAACAUUAUACGUUAUGUUCUCAGUUACUUAAUUUUUUCAUGUCAUGAGCUAUAAGACGGAGACAGUGCAUAUGGUUAUUGUAAUAACUACUGACUGAAAUUUCACUUUAUGUCAUAGUGCACUCAGUUGCAUCCUAAAUUGUGAGAACCUAUUAAAAUGAUGGGUUGUUGCAGCUAUCUUUUAUCGGGUGUGUGCGAUUGUCGUACAAUACAUUUGAUAGUCAGUGGACACGACACCAACAAGUACGACACUAAUUAACAGUGAACGACUGAAUGACAGUUUCAAACCAUUUAAUAUCGAUAUCAUUUUGUAUUAAUAAGAUACCUGCCUUUUAUCUGACCAUCCAUUAUAAAUGGAUUUUCGGCUGUUUAUAUACUGGUUAUAGAUGGGUAAACGUUGAUUACAAAUAAUUGGGGUCGCAUCAUUUCGACACGGUAAUUUCGACGUGUGUCAAAUGAACACGGUCAUUUUGACGCGAGACAAUCGGGCGCAUGACACAUUUCGACGCACGUCAUUUUGACGCUUUUUUUUUUUAACUAUUUUUGAUUUAUUUUUCAAAAUAAAUGUAUAUAUAAAAUAAAAACAAAAUAAAUUAUUAAUAAAUAUAAAAUAUACAAUUUUUAUAAAUAUCUGAAAUAUUAUUGCAUAUAUACAUUUAUUUUGAAAAAUAAAUCAAUAAUAAUAAUUAAACAAAAAAAAAAAAAAAAAAAUGCGUCGAAAUGUGCUAUACGGCCAAUUGUCUCGCGUCAAAAUGUUAAAAAUCAACUCAUAUUGGUAAUAAUAAAUAAUAAUAAAUUUAUGAAUAUGAAAUAUAACCCAAAAAUAAUAAUAUUUAACACAUAACGUCCUAAUAUUACUGUAGAAAUAUUAUUACAAUUACAUAAGCAGUUUACAUUUCAAAUUUUAAAUAUUUUUAGUAGGAUAAAACAAAAUGAUUAACUUAUUAAUAAAUAGUACAUAUAAUUUUAAAAACAAAAUUGUAUUGUUUUUACCCCUUAGAAAAUCUCGUUUUACUCUUAGGGGGUAAAUUACCUUUAUUUUCCUAUAUGUGCCAUUCCUAUCUCCGCGUUUGCACAUUAAUUACAUCAUAUAAAAAGCCUAUAGGUUAUUAGAUUUUAUAAAAAGAAUUUCGAGUGAGUUUAAGUUUGCCAACUCACUUAUAACCUUAUACUGCGCUCUCGUAAGACCUAUUCUUAAAAACGGCUCUGUUGUUUCGGAUCCCCAUUAUACUGAUUCUUGUCGUCAACCUGAAAGCCUCCAAAGAAAGUUCGUCAAUUAUGUUAGUUAAUCUUUAAAAAUUCCUUGCCCUAUUCAUAAUUAUGCGCCCACCUUAGCUAAAUUUAAGUUAUCUUAAUCGUCAUUACUCUCAUAAGAUUUCUCAAAUCUCAAAUACAAACUCGAUAUCAGUAUGCUCAACUGUGGGAGAUUUAUAAGGUACGUUUAACCCAACUCUGAGUAAAAAAUGAUCAGCUCCCAAAGAAAAACCUUGGCUAUGCCACUGGUGAAUGGAAUACGAUGGAAUGACCUUGAGGGAUAUAAAAGUAAACGGGUGAAAGAAUACAAGGCGAAUAAAAACUAAAAAUUCAGACGGUGGUGGCUGAAAUUGUUACUGCGAAGUUAUGAGACCACAUAUAAUGAUAAUAUUGAAAAAAUUUGCAAAAUUUAUCGAAAUAUUAGGUGCCUAUUUAUACCUAUUACAGAUCGUUGGGAAUUUGAAUUUUUCACCGUAUCCUCAUGUUGUAUAAACGUAAAUUAAAUGAUUAAAUGCUAUAAAUGAAACGAUAUUUCGAAUAAUAAGAAAUUUAUAAUAUCGUACGUCGUGAUAUUUGGUCGGGGAUAAAAUCAUAAUACACCUAUCAUCAUUCUUUUUAGCAGUAAACGAAAUUGGCAGUAAACUUUAAACGUGCGUAGGGCGCCGGACAGUGAGAUAGAUAACAAGCCCGCGUGCGUCAACUAAUUAUAAACUGUCAUAAUAUUGACCUUUGAAACAGAUAACUACAGCAGCCCGAAAACAGAUUACUAUAAUAGCGAUUAACCGACAAAAUAUGUCAUUUUUCACUUUUCAGAUAGCACGUGUAUGUGUAUACAUGCGUGUCCUAACUGCAUGUCCGAAAAACGCUAUAUAUUUGUACUAUAAAACUGUGAAAAAUCAAUAAUAUAAUAGGCGAUCCAGAUACUAACGAAACGGUCGCGCAAAUUUUUAAAUUUUUAUUUUUUUUUUACAUUUUAUAGACUGAUGAGCGAAGGAAGUUUUGAUAUUGUUAUAUGAUGAACGCUUUAAAAAAAAAAAAAAAACUAUUAUUCUUAUUGUGAACAAAAAGUUUCGACAAGAAACUUUCUUGUAGCGUUUUUGAUAAUUUGUUUGAAAGUCUUUUUUACAUAUCCUAUUAAAACACGUUAAAAUUGAUUUUGUUUUUUAUUUAUAUUAAAAUAUAUGAAUUUCAACGCUUUAAAAAUUAUUUUGUGGGAAAACCACCUUUACUUUUUGAAUUAUGACGCUUUUAUAUUUCAAAAUGUGAUAAUAAUAUUUAUACCUAUAUAUAGCCAAUUGUAUGAUACAAUUUUAGGAAAUCAACAAUGCUUCUGAAUUCGUUACGAACUAAUCAAGUGCAAAUUAUUCAAUUCCAUAAAGUUUAUAAUCAAAAAAAUUGAAACCUAUAUUAUUUUAAAAACGCAAAAAAAAAAUUUAAAUUCACAUGGGCGUUAAAGUAGAUUUAUUUUUUUAUUUUACAUUUUAGAACGAGGUUUGAUUUUUAUGAUUUUAUCAGUUAGCUUGUUAUCGGUAAAUUUCUUCCGGUAGUCUGUCGUUAAAUUUCAGACAUUCGUAACUAUAUCAGAUUUGUGUCGAAAUUGAAAAGGUUUCCGACAUUUUAAACUAUCGAAAACGAGUAUUUGAAAGGAGAUCACUGCACAGAUGUAGCAUAACAAUCGUUUUGCGAUUUAAUAAGACAACUUACUUCGGAUACCAGAUUCUAGAAAUUUCAUUUAAAAUAUGAACUAAUUCAUAAUUAUAAAACUGAAUUAAGAUUAUAAACUACCUGGUUUAUUUUUUUCUUUAUACACUUACUUGUUUAGUUCAAAUUCAUUGGUAAGUUCAUUAAAAGUUCAUUUCAUUAUAGAUUUUGUUUAAUUUUUUUCCUAGUUUUGGUGAUUUUAUUAUGUAUGAAGUAUAUACCUUCUCUUUAAAUAAUCUCAAGAAGAGGUCUCGGUAAAAUUUGCCACCAUCUCAAUCUUUCUAUACAACAAUAUAACAAUAAACCUAAAUAAUAGAUAUAAAUUUGAAUUUCGAUGGUAUUUUUUAAGUUAUUUUCUUGGAUUAUUCUCAAUUUAGUAUUUAGAAUCUGAAUUAAAAUAGUUUAUUUGAAUAAAAUAUUAAUUGAAUUUACGUUUUUCUCGUAGAUAUUGAACUUUAAACGAAUGAACGAGUUUAUUCCGAGGUAUGCAACAGACGACCUAACCUAAAAUAAGGAGUAGCCAGUGGUGGAUUUAACGGUCGUUUAGUUGACAAAUGCCGACGAGGUCUCCUUCCCUAAAUUGUGUACUGAGGCACACCUAAAUUAGGUAUAUAGUUGAUCUUUUAAAAUCAUGUCCAAAAAAAAAAAAACAAUUAUAUUGCAAAAUAUAAAAUAAUAUGCCUACCAUUGUUUUAACAAUUAAAUAAUUUAAAUAUACAGGAAUACUUUAAAAGUAGAAAAUGUUAUAAUUAAACAAACAAGAAAAGUUCGAACAAAUAACUUGUAUACGUAAAUCUAAGGUAUCCUACCUUCUAUACCCACUACCAUUGAUUACAAAUAAUAUUAUUUGUAAUUAUAAUAGAUGCUACUGCAAUACUGCGUACUAAUCUCUAUGCACAAAUGUAUGAGUUCAUAAUCAAUUUAUUGUAUAGCAUUUCACCGCAUCGGUUUUCACACACAAUACAAAUUAAAAUACACCAAUAAUAAUAGAAUAUAUACUAAGUUAUUCUACAUUCAUCAUUAAACAUUCAUUGUCCCAUGAGUUGACCCAAAUUGGAAACUCAUUUAAAACAUUUUUAACAUUAUCCAUUGGAAGUGUGAGUGCUAAAAAAGCUAUGAGUGUACUGAGAAAAUUAAAAAAUUAUCUUAGUUCAACUAAAGUUCAAAACCGAACAAAUAAUUUAGCCUUACUUUAUGGAAUAUAAAGUAGUACAACUUUUUGAUAUGAAGGAUCUUAUUAACAAUUUUCCACAGCUAUAGCUUGCAGAGAUUCUCAACUAUAGUUUUGUAAUUUUAUUUUAUAUACUAACUAUUAAUUUUGUUUUAUUUGUAAAAAUAUUGUAAUAUUUUUUUUGUAAUAAGAAGAUUUUGUUACUGUAAAACUGUUUUGCAAAUUUAGGGUAAGUAUGUCAUUGAUACAUUUUGUACGAAGCCCCUUUUAUGGAUUUUCCGAAUUUAUUUGAACCUUCAAAUCUACCACUGGGAGUAGCCCUUGGUCCUUAUUCUUCAUUUUCCAAUAUGCCCUUAUGUGUCACCUUUUAUGCGACGUCCCUAUAAUUUUAUCGUACCUUAUGACCAUAGUAACAGUGGCGUGGUGAGCAUAUUUCAGACCCUAAACAAAGCAUUUAUACAAUGACCCUCACCUACUUCUUCUUACCUCAUAAUAUAUAGAUAACUAUAUACAUAGAUAUUAUUCGGAUAGUGUAUAUUAAAUUAUUUACAUACCUACUCAAUAAAUAUCACACAAUAAUAUCCGUACAUCGUUCAUGUAAAAUUUCGUAAAGGUACCCACCCAUUUCUAGAGUUAAGCAAUCGCAUAAAGGAAACGUCGUUCAUCACGCCACUGCGUGGUAGUAAAUACACGAACGAUUAAUACUAUUUUAUAACAACACGUUUUACUAUUCGUCAAGGACUGGCGAAGUUUUUCUUUUUCCCUAUCUCGUCGUUAUAUUGAAUGGAUUAUUUUCUUCCGGGUCUUAUAUAUUGUAAAAUUAAAAUAAAAACGAAACGUGUACGAUUUAUAUCCUCAUUCCGCGAGAGACCUACGACGACACUCCGGUUAAACCUAAAAAUACGGGUUUCGAAAAAAAAAAUAACCAGAUUAAUUUUUUAUCACCCACGUACACGUGCGUAUAUAUAGGCAACCUACUGUCGGCGUCUGAUGAAUUUUAAGUAUAUUAUAUACACGCCACUAUAAAUGUACCGAAAAAGUUUUAUAUACGUCAGCAAAGUUGUACGGUUUGGCACGACUUCGACUACAUCGCAUAAUCCCGAAAUCCCGAUGCGUAUAUAAGUAUUAUAAUACUAUUAUAUGUGUACACGCAUAACACAAUAUUAUAUCCGCACGUUUUUGCACCAUAAUAAUUAUAUGCAUUACAUAAACACAAAAAAAUAUCCCUUCCGUAAACUUUUUCAUAUUGCAACGUUACUACGUGAUUAAUAUUCAAAAUGUUCAUAAAGAGAGGAACAACGCUGCGACGACAGUAGGUAAGUAUGUACAACUCGUGUCUUUAAUAAAUAAUAAUAUCAUAAACGAACGAAUAAUAAAUAAUAAAGUUGUUUUUUUUUUUCGAAAAUGCUGUGAUAAUUUUCCGUACGAAUUUGCACAACAAUCAAAGUAUUUGAAAAAAAUAAGUAAAACGCCAUUUGUUUUUUUUUUUUUUUACUCACAACAUGAUUUACAGAAAAAAAACUCAUACAAGCUGAUUCUUUUUCGAUAAUUCCCUCAGGAUGCGUUGUACAUCAAUUGUAUACUCUGAGUGGAGCAAAAAGCUUAAGGUUUUACAAAGAUGUUUAUUUAUUUUUUUUUUUUUUAUCAGUGUGCAACUUUUCUACAAGAAAACUCGGAUUUCUACGUAUAGCGCCUUUUCUGAAAAGAAAUCUACAUGAGGAGAUACUUAUAGGAGGUCAUUUUUCGAUUUUCUCAAGUGUUUUCUCAUCAAAUGCGAAAAACCGAAAAAACGGGAAAAUUUACAAAAUAUGAUAAAUACAAUUUACGAUUUUUUUUUUUUUUAGUGGACAACUUUUCUACCAGCAAUUUUGCUCCAAUUUUUAAUAACAGUAAUGUUUCUAAAAGAAAAUUUCACCAGCAAGGUACUUUAAACAGGUUAUUUUUCGAUUUUAUGCAUCUGCGCAAUGAAACCGACUUGCAUUUUUGUGUACGUAGGUACAAACAAUGGCUGCAGGUUUUUAAUUAAAAUAAAUCACUCUCUUUAAUAUAUAUAAAUGAAUAUAAAUUUAAAUCCGAAUUUAUAACGUAUCGUCCGUACGAUACACGCGACAAGUAUAUUAUACUGUGAACCGACGUGAAUUGAGCCGACUAAACUAUGCGCGCUUAUAUAUCUAAUAUUGGCCGACCCCAAAUAAUUUGGAUGAAGGAGAAGAUGAUAUAUGUAAAUGUUUGUUCUACAAAAGUGUCCAACGAUCAUUUUAUAAUAUACACAUAAAUUAUGACACAAUCGGCGUUUUACAUUCGUGGCCCAAGGAAACGAGCCCCUCCCCGUGGUCUCUGUCUUAACCCGGUCUUGAAAAGUGUCUGCAUAUCGGACAUGUCAGUACAUAUCGGUAUGCACAUAAUAUCGGUAUGAAAACCAUUUUUAAAAUUAAUUUCAAGGUGGCAUAUUGUUGUGAAAAACGAAUUAUUUGGUUUAAUUCGCAAUACUUACUUAAUAGUAUUAUCCCUAGUGUUGCGAACAGUAUUAAAUUAAAAUUCCUGACGGAACUGCAGUGUACUUAUGAAUGAAUACAUUUUGAAAGAGGUGCUAUAUUAUAGAUAUUUAAAUGCGUCAAUUUCUAUAUUAUAUAAUAAUAUUGUGUAAUUACAAUAAAUUACAUAGAAUUAUAAAUGCAUGCGUGUAUUCAUGAUAUUUAUACUGUACAUAAAUAUUCGUAUAUUGUACAGAUAUGCUUUUAUUGGCUUUGGUAAACGGACAAAUUGGGAUUUUCAUACAGUCGAUGUAUACGAUUUAUUAAUUCGUCGAGUAUUACAUUUUAACGAUUUCGUAAGGUGUUUUCAAAUAUUUUAUAUACUAAGUGGAGCGUAGAAUUUAUUAGUUUUACUAUGAUGUGUGUUUUAAAUUCUGACCGAAGUGAGGAAUGUAUUGGUUUUACAAUGAUGUUUAUUUUUUUUUUUAUCUAAAAACAACUUGUCUUCUUGCACCGAUGUAUCGAAUGUAGUAGCGUUUUUGAAAGCAGUUUUUAUCUGAGUGGUACAUUAAGAAUGCCAUUUUAUGAUUUUCCAAGCAGUUUUCGAAAUAAUUAGGAAAACCGAAAAAAACAAAGGAAAAAAGGGACAAAGUUACAGCGUUAACGAUUUCUCGUCAAAGCCACAGUUCUUUUUUACAAAAGAUUUUAAGUACUUAAAACUCUCAACCUCACCUAUUACGUCACCGCUUGUUGUCAUUACUUGUCUUGUCUCAUCGACCUCUUGCCUUCUUCCUCCAAACACAUCUAUACUAUAAUAUUAUUAUAAAUGCGAAAGUAACUCUAUUACCUUUUCAGUUUUCACGUCUAAACCGCUGAACCAAUUUUCGAAAAUAAUUUUUUUCACAGAUUUCUUAUGUUACUGCGAAGGUUACUGGCUAAUGAGUUUUUCUUUCUUUUUUUUACAUUUCAAAACGCGGAAAAUCAUCGAAAAUCGCUGCUUUAUCAAAAUUUAAAACUUUUGAAAAUUUUUGUUUCGCAUUGUAUGUAGGUACGAUGGCACGGUGUAACUAGAACUGGAAAAAAUGAUCAGAUUUUGGAAUGAGCAAAUCAUGACGGAUCAGGGUAGUUAGUAUUUUAGUAGUUAGUUAAUACGAAAACUGGAUUAGGAUACCGGUUCUUUAGAACGACCAUUAACGAAGUCCGUUCCGCGCUUGAACUCACAACAAAGAUUCAAUUUUUAUAAUGUUUAAAGCUCAUAAUUCAGAAAAUUCAAUACACGUUAAAUUGAAUUUCAAUAACUGAUUUCUGAUUACACGGGAAGAAAUGUAUUUCUUUUUUUAUAUUUCUAUACCCCUGGUAUGAAGCUCUAAACUGCACCCUUUGUAUGUGCCUGAAAAGUCAUUUUUAGUUGUAAAAACUUUCCCCUUUAUGGGUAUUAAGCAGUAGGUUAGUAUUAAAAAUCUUAUCUUUAGAUGAUUGGGUAAAAUAAUAUAAAUAGAUAAUUUUAAAAUUUUACAAAAUUUGGAAAAUCAACUAUGACAGUUUUAAAAAUAUUAUUCCUCGUCCUGAAAAUUCUAUUGCAUUUCCAUAUUAUCAUGAUACAUAAUAAUUUAAGUCUGGAUAUGCAAAAAGAACUCACAGUGUACUUCUUGAUGUUUGCGUAGCGUAGCGACACUGUACCCGAUGUAUUGGAACGCCGCAGUGCUGCUGAUGGCUUGGUCUUUGGCCACGGUCACUGCCAUUUUGGAUUCAACAAAGAGUCAUCGAUACUGGGAGGAUGCCAAGACUGCUGUAGAAGCCGACGCUGCUCGUUAUCAACACGACAAUACGUUCAGGACCUACAUGAACAGGGGAGGAAACAAACAUUUCGUCACUUCCGUGUUCCCAGGUAUUUUUUUAUUACUAUUUAAUAGUAAUUAAAUUAAUUUAUUAAUUUAUUAAAACUAAGGAAUAAUUAGACACAAAUUUGAAACGUUGAGUUUAAAUAUGUAUGUAUGUAAAUAUGUAAUAAUUUGAAUAAAAAAAAAUCAUACAUUUACAAAAUAGUAAUGUUGGGCUUUUCUAAACAUAAUAAAAUGUUUAUAAUAUUCUGGUGAUUUUUAAGUUAUUUUAGAUAUUUGAUAAAUUCGAGUUAAAGUUUUUAUUUGGAUUUAUAUUUACUAAUAUUUAAACAAUUUAAUUAUAGGUGUUCCAAUUUUGACGAAAAUCUUAUAAAUCACUGCAUUUUACAACAUGUUUAACCAAACUAUGCUGAGAAUCAUAUUUCGUUAGAAGUGAUUAAUCAACGCGAAAAGAUAAAUAUAAAUUAAGUAGAAAAAGUGUUCACAUAAAAAUAAAAUAAACAUCAUUGUAAAACUAAUACAUUCCUCGCUCAGCUCAGAAUCUAAAAAUUAUGUAUUUUUACGCACAUAACAUUAUCAACAUUAAAACAAAAUGGAAAUGCUGUCUGUAUUAUGUGAAUAUUGUAAUAAAUUAAUUGGUAGGGAGGAAGAGUAGAGAAUGAUAAAACCCCGUUUACUACCAAGAUCAUUUAUUACGUCCUAUGACAAUAAGAAAUAAAUGUAAAACGUGAAGUAAUAAUAACACCGAGGUCUUUUAUAGUAAAUCUACAAAAGUACAAAAUACGUGUAUGAUUAUAAUUUAGAAUGAUUUUUUAAAAAAUACAUUUUAAAAGUUAACUUAAGUAAUUAUUAUUUUUUUUUAAUUUAAAUCCUAACUUAGUUAUGAGUUUAAAGUUUAAAAUUAAUAUUAAGGUUAGGUUUUAAAAUAAACUCACUCAGUUACUAAAAUUAAAUAACUCUAUCACCGUAGCCUGUUUAUUAUGUACAUUUUAUACACUAUGUUAUAUUUCCUUUUCACCCGGAGGAUUUAUGAUUUUAAAAGGUCGGCGUAUCACUUUCGUAAGAAAAUAUUCAUCGUAUAAUACGAAAGGUACCUAUAUAAUAUUUCUGUAAGUAUUAUAUUUUCGACGGAGAUUUUUCACGCAAACAAUGGAGCGCAGUAGGUGUAACCGAACACUUCGGUUGUUCACCGCGGUAUAUCUGUCAUAAAAAAAAAAAAUGAACCUACGAGUACUUAUUUCUAUAAUUUCGGCUUAGUAGCCAAUUCAUAAUCAUCCAACUAGCAAAAUACACAUUUUUGUUCUCAGAUGAUAAUAAUAUUGUUUAAAAUUGAAUUCGAUAAAUAUCACUAAAAAAUUAUAUCGAAAUCAUAUUUUAAAUUAUUUAUUUAUUUUUUUUUAAUAUCCGUAUCAAUGCUCGAUUUUUUUUUAUAGAAAUGGAUGCCAGAGGAUUUCAUGAAUACGUUUUUGAUGGACUGCAACCAGAUUUCCAGUGGCCGUCAAUCAAGUUUAAAAGAAACUACUAUCCGCAAGGGAUUACGUCCCGGGGGUUCAGCGAUGAUAUUUUUCACCAAAGCUUUGGAAUGUUUGAGCCUUUAAAAAGGUAAGUUAACAAAAGUAUAUAGAAAAAUAAAAUAUAUCGUUUUAAAUACUGAGCGAAACAAGGAAUAUAUUGCCUUUAUUUUGUCUGCUAUUUUUGUAUUUAUUGUGACUGAGGGCAACUUUUUCAACAGAAAUCUUGCUCUAAUCAAAAAAUUAUUAGAAUUUUUUUUGAAAUUUGAAUCUAAAAAUAAAUCUUGUCUAUCUAGUAUAUAAUAACGUUAGUUAUUUAUUUUCCAAGUGGUUUUCAUAUUGGUUUGGAUAAACCGGAAAUAAUCGUGGAAAAAAAUGAACAAACUGACGUUCAAGGUUUUAUUUUUGUAAUUUUUUAAAAAUAAUUAUUUUGUUGAAUUAAUAAUGACUUAAUAUGGCCUAAAAAAUGCAAAAACAUAUGCAAAAUAAAAUUGUAUUCAGCCGUUGAAUUAUGAAAUACAUUUUGGUAUAAACUAAUUCUUUGUUAUUCAACUAACUAAUAAAAAUAUACAAUCGCAUAAAAAAAAAAGUUUCAAAAAUGCACACUUUUUUUUUAAUACGGUGUAAAAGUUUCGGUGCAUUUUCAGAGAUCGAAGAAAAAUUGUUUUCUGGGAAAUACUAUUUGGAUAACCAUAUAAUAACUUCCUCAUUAUUUCAAAAAGAAUCUUAAAAUAUACAUUCAAAAACGUAGUUGGCAAGAUAUACUAGAUAUUUAAUGUAUAUCUGUACUCAACGAUUAAUCAUUGCUAACGAAAAACCAUUUUGAGUGAAGUUCGGUUACACGUGUUUUGGAAGACUGUAAUAUUUACAAUUUUAAAAUAAUACAUUUCAUACAUUUUCCCGUUUUUUUUUUUUCCAUUUAUUAUGAAAACUCCUAGGAACAUCAAAAAAUAACGUUUUUAAAGUGCCACCCUAGUCAGAUUUUCUUUCAGAAAAAGUGCUACAAUUGAAAAUAAGAGCAAGAUUUCUGGUAAAAAAGUUGUUCACAGAUAAAAAAAAAUAUAUAUAUAAACAUCAUUGUAAGACCAAUACAUUCCUCGCACCCGCUCAAUUUCCAUUAUAUUUCGUAUUCACUCGUACAGGUAAUAAAAUAUUAUCGAUGUCUUUCGUCUACCGAGGUGUGAUAUAAUAUUAGAAUAUUUUUUAUAGUAUAUAAGACUCGGUCAGUAUUCAGAGUGAGAAAUAAAUUAUAAUUUUCCCCGAAAUAUGAUAGCUGAACAGCGACCGCAAUGUGAAUAUUGUGUUUAUUACAUUAUUGCAUUCACGAUUGUAAAUUCUAACAAACUGUAUUAUACAUAGACUAUUUACUAUGUAGUAAAGUUAUAUCUUCCUAUAAACCCGAGUAAUUUUGUGAUAUUAAUAUAUGGAUAUCAACGAGCCAAAUAAAGUGGUUCUCUUACAUUUUGUAUCUUCAAAUAGUGAAGAGGAGGAAAUUAUUGAAUUCAAUUUAAAAAUCCUUAAGUCAUUAAAUCAUUGCCCAUUUCUAACACGGUUUUACAUCUACAUCUAUAACCGCGUUAUCUAAUGAAUAUUACCUUUUAAUGAAAUGAUAACCAAAUUUUAUGUUUUUUUGGGAUCGUAACGUUGAGCCGACAACCAAUAGGCCGACAGAAUAUCAAGCCGACAUGGUAUAAAUUAUAAAUUAUUUUAUCUGGAUUUUAUUUAUUAAUAUUAAAACAUUUUAAGAUUAAAAAAAGUAUUAUUAAAUUACAAAUUAUUAAUUUUUCUAUUAAUAUAAUCGUCUAAAAUAAAAAAAAAAUACCUGAUAAAAUCUAUAGGGGUCCUACUGCAUUUAGUAUGAAUAAUAUUAUUUCUUACAAACUACUGUUUUAUUUCAUUAAAUGUUGCAAAUAUUUCAUUUGGUUCUAAUAAUGCGAAUGCAGGAAUACAGCGUAAUUGUAAGCUAAAUUAAUGUUCGUCGGUGCCAUACUGAGUAACUAAUCCACACGAUUGAAUUUUCUUCCAAACAUUUUGUACCAAAUAAAAUGAACAUCCUUUUUGGGCGUAUUCUGGAAAUAUAUUAUGCGUAUUACAUUAAUUGCUGCUUUUUCGAAAUCAGUAAUUAUACAUAGAUUAAUAACCAUAAUUACUGCCGAUCUCAAUACCGAAUACCUACUUAAAGAAUACUUAAAAGUAUAUUACUAAUAUUACUUCUUGUAAUAUUUGUGAAAGUUUAUCAUGCUUCGAAUGUGCUCGUUUUUUUUUUUUAUGUAUUUGUUUGAAAAUCUAUAAUUGUUGAUCAGUAUGCGUCGGGUGUAUAAUGAUGAUCUGUGGACGUCUCAUGUAGUUUAUUUACUCCAUCUACACAAUUAACCAUAGCUCUGGUGUUACGAUUUUCAGUUGUUUUUAAAGUUUUUCUUUGAACUCUUUUUUCACACUCCCAGUUGUACCGAUUUUCACGUACAUAUUUUAGUUUUUACCAUAACAUAGCCACUUAUAAAAAGUUUGUUGUUUUUAAAAAAAAAAAAAAAAAAACACUCCAUUAUUAUAAAAUAAAAUUCAACAAAACCUACAACGAUAGCAGAAAUACAUCGCUGAUUUAAUAUAAAAUUAUAACUGGUUAAUAAUAAUACUGGUUCGAUAUAUCAUCUCAAAUAAUUGCAUUGAUAAAUAUCGAUAUUAUUUAGAAAUUAGAAAUGCUAGAUAAAUAAUAAAGGUACAUAAAUAGAAUGUAGCAUAUCGUUUUCGUUACCUAUCACAAUAAUAAUACCCAACGUCGGCUCUUUGGUUGAUCGGCCGUCGGCAAUUCGGUUGUCGAGUUAUCAACGAGUUUUUCUCUUUUCAUUCAAAUCCAUUUUUAUUGUAUUAUCAAACGCAUCGUCACUAAUUACACACUGUAGAAUUACACAAUACUAAACGAACUGUGUUUUUGAUUAUACACUUUAAUAAAACAGAAUAAAUGCUGCAUGCGAUAACUAUACGGAAAUUUUGUACUUACAAAUGUAAACAGUCGGUACGUGAACUUUUAUCAGUACAAAUUGAAGAAUGCUGGAGUUCACAAAAUUAAAUACCUAUUGAUUAUAGAUAAUAUAUAAGUAAUGAGUAAUGACAACUUCAUGGUGCAGCACACGAAGCUGAAUUUAAGAUGAAUACAAAUUUAUUUAUUUUAAUAUAUGAAGAUUAGUUUACAAAUGUUUUUGGUUUUUACGAGUUUUGUCACAAAUUCGAAAUUCUUGGCCAACAAAUUGUGUUAAUUACCUGGCCUUUAUGUAUCAGUAUGUAUAGGUACUUAUUAUACAAAUAAUUAUACAGGACGAUCAAUAUAGCGUUAGACACCCAUUAUCUAGAAAGUAUUAAUUUUUUCGGAAUUUGUUUUUUAGAUCAUUAAUAAACAAAUAAGUAGCUCUAAUAUUUUAUAUUACUCUUGUUUUUGUCACCCUAUUUUAGAGAGUUAAACUACUAUAUACUUUUCAUUUUUAAUAACAACCUAUAUUAAUAACAUAAAUAAACAAUCAGUUUUGGCGUUACAAUUUUUAAUUUCCAUCAACCCAUUGAUGAGUUUUUCCACUUUUAAGAUACGGUGGGAAAGGGGAGAAUAUUAGUACAUCAUUUAUUUGGUGGAACGGCACGCGGCGUUGUAACAGUGUUCCACUCUUUUCUUAUCUAAACUUAAAAACCUAAUAUUUCGUCAACGGAUUGCCGGAAAUCAAUAAUGGCAACGCCGAAAUGUGACCAAACCAAUAUUCCAUCAUUGUAUGGAGUUUUUAGUAAAGGUUGCCAUUCGAAAAUCAAAAGUGCUUUCACCCCUCUAAAUAAGGAUGAUAAAAAAUUACCUUAAUGUAAUAUUUUAUUUUGUUUUCUUAAUAUUCUAAAAACUAAGUUCGAAAAAGUUAAUACUUUCCGAGAUAAUGAGUGCCUUACGUUAUGUUAAUCACUCUGUAUAUUUAAUGACACAUAUUAUAUCUUUUUCCCUCAAAUUUUAGACACUUUUAACCGCUCUUUCUGAACCAAAUGAACAAAUCCUUAAAAAAAAUAUAUUCUUGCGCAAUUUUUUCCUCGAUUUUUCAUUCCUGCGUAUAGUAAUUUUUAUCCAAAAAUUCAUUCCAGAAAUUUCCUUUCCUAAUUUUUAUUUUCCUGCAGAGAAUAACAUUAUCUAUUGAAAGUUGUUCCAGUGAAAAAUCAUAUUAUGAAAUUAUUUUCCUGUGUUUUACGUCCUGAUUAUCACACGUUUCUUAACAUAUGUGAAGGGAUUCUAGUGACGAAGCUCUGUUGUUCGCGGGGUGUUUUAUUUUUUCCAUCGUAAUUAAAAAAAAAAAUUGAUUAGAAUUUCUCGUUCAUCGUUCUCGUCCCGUUAUAUUAUUAUUAUUGCAUCGAACGUAAACAAAACCAAAGAAUCAAUAACAACAAAAAACGGAAAACUACAUUGAGAGUCAUAUAAAAAUAUUUUUAUUUUUUUACCUAUAUUAUAUUUUUGCCUCAUUUUUUUUUUUAUUUGAUUAAAUAAUAACUACACGACGAACUAUAGACUUUUUAUUUGUACACGCAUUCGUUUAUUAUAAUUUCGAUAUAAAGAUAAACUCAUAUUAUAUUAUACCAUUAUCUAGUAAUGCGUGGUUUACAAUAAAAAAACAAAAAUUAUUCAUCAUCGUUUAUCAGCUCGUAAUGUAAUAAUAAUAUUAUAGUAACGUGUAUUAUUUGUGCGCACCGACAUUUGUUCAAUUAUCUAUAACACCAAAUAUACAAUACAAUAAUUAUUAUUAUUUUAUCUCGAUAACGGACCUAAUUAUAAUUAUAUAAAAUAAUAAUACAGGGUGUUUUAGAAUAGAUGCAAUAACUUUUAUUUUAGAGAUUUAAUUUGUUUAAUUUUUUUUGUUUUUCUUAAAAAUAAACUAGAGCCUUGCGCUAUGAUUCUUCGUAUGAUACCGUAUUUUUUUCAAACUAAAAAUAAAACAUUAACAUUUAAAUCGAAGAUUUAUACGUUUAUUUUGAAACAAAAUUUGGGUGUUACAAAUAAUGUUAACUAAACGACGAGGCGUCAAUUUCCUAAUUUUUUUUUAAGUUUGCGAUGUUUCAAUUGCUUUUAUUGCUAUUAAUCAAUGUACCAAUUUUUCCGUUGCAAAUAAUUCUGUAAAUGAUUAUUGUCAACUUGAAAAUAUUGUCAAAAAUUAACAACUCGCAAUUUAAUUAACAUAUUUUAUUUCACUGAAAUUCGGUUUCAAAAUAAAUCUAUAGAAAAGCCAUCUCAAAUUUUGUACGAACGAUGUUUUAAACAAUUGAAACGUUUCGAUUAAUCGAAGAGAACCGUUGCAUUUGUACAAGAUCUCCACGGGACACUGUAUAUUAUUAUUAUAAAAUGUAUGUGUAAUAAAUGUAAUCACAGCAUCCGCGAUUGUUGCAGAUAUUAAAAAUAUAAAAAUAGACGCGAACCGUCAUCGUGUUUAUCAUCGUAAAUGUAUUUUUAACGCGCAUAUAAAUAUUGUAUUGUGUAAAAUCAAAUAAUAUUAAAUAUUAUUAUUGUUAUUGCGACUCAUUAAAAUAUUAUGUAGGCGCGCAUAUCAAUGUUUUGUUUGUAUCGGCUUUUAUUUCGCAUAUUUUCUACUUUGCAUUUACGUAAGCCAGGGACGAAAACCCAAAUUUGUUUCUCUUUUUAAAUAAUUUAGCCUUCGUAUUCUGCUAUUUGUUUUUGUUGUCUUAUAUCUAUACUAUUGUCGCUUAAAUUAUCACCGGCCAAUAGGCAAUACAAAUCCGCAAAUAUACUUUUAAAAAGAUUCAAGAAUUCUAUUAUGAAAUUCAAAAGUUUUUUUUUUUUUGUUUUAAUGCUUUUCACUGUUUAAGAUUUUGUGUCAAACAGUUACUGAUUAAGUUACAAUAAAUUCAUAUAUCUAUUUUAAAAUCUAUUUUUGUUUAAUUAUUAUUAUUGUUAUGAUUUUAUUUAAUUCAAAAUUGUCCGGUUCUCCUCAGUGGAACAUUUCCACAUUAAAAUGUGGCUUCAUAAUCUAUAAAUACAUGGUAAAAUAGCAGUUAUUUUAAAAAAUAUCAACCCCAUCCCACAGUUUACACUUGCUCAGUAGUACUUCAAAUAAUCUGUUUUAGAGCCUAAUAUGUACAAUAAAAUAUGUAAAAUGCACUGCUCGAAAUUCCAGUGCGUCGUAAAGAAGUUUGUUCUUAUGAAAGAACAGUGCCACAAGGCGUUUAAAAUGUGAAUACGUCUGCAAAUUGUUCGAAUGAGCUUUUAAGAAUAACUUGCCACUGUCAAUCUAUUAUUUCCAUUUAAAUUUAAACAGGAAUAUCGUCAACAUCAAUAUUUAAUCGACCGGCGAACAAUUGAAAUAUUUUGACCUUCGUUAUUUAUAAGCAUGACUCUACCACGCUUAUUAGUCACACUACUAUUAUUUAAAAAGUCGCGUGUAUUAAUUUUAACAACAUUUUUGAAAAAAAAUAUAAAAAUUUACUCACCCAAAAAAAUUAUCGAAUUUACGAUGAGUAUUUAUUGUGUACUAGUGAAAUCUGUUCGAAAUAUCAAGUUCAUGUAAAACAAAAUAAUUUAGGUAUCUACUAUUUACGCCUAAAAGUUAUUUUUGAAUUUUGAACCAUAUUCCAACGGUAAAUCGAAUUAUUUUAUACUCAUUUCGAAAUAAAACGGUUUUUCGACACAAAAUAUUGAUAUUCAGAAACGCUCACUCUGACAUAUUCUUAAAUUGCAAUCACGUUUGCAAAGUUUUAUAUACCUACAAGUACUCAAGUUCAGAUUUAUUCCCUGACAAUAUAAUAAAUUUACCUGUUUCGCUGUAUCUGAAGGUUUUUUUACAUUUCUUUUUGUUCACCUAUUGUGGGAGUAUAGAAAAAUAUUCUCAAAUAAAGUACCAUACUGUGAACGUUUUUUUUUCUAAAAAAAGUGUUUACCGAGUGUAAACGUCCGUCGUAUGGAAUUCAAUUUCAUCUCGAAAUUAAUAACAUCCCUGAAAUUCCCAUUAUUAUAUUCGAAUAGACAAAUGUAUAAUACCGAUCGUAAGAAACUUAACUUUAGGUUAAAUUAUGUUUGUUUUCCGCUGGCAGCCCAGUAACUCAGAAAUUAACAAAAAUCGAUAAACCUAAAAAAAACACCUAUCUAGUAGAUAAUCGAUAGAUAAAAAUAUCGAGAAAUGUUUCAAAUAAAAUACAACCGGCUGGAAAUUCCACGUCUUAAUGUGAGAAACCAUCGGGGAAUUUUACCCUCUUACCAACUCGAAAUGGACCGUUACAAAAUUCACUAAACUGUUUACUAGAAACAGUUACAGUGACCAACUCAUAAAAACGUUAUAAGUAUUCAGUUUACUCACGGUUAUAACGUCAUAACGCACACUGUUACACUGAUAACUAGGACCUAGAUUUGUGUACGAAAAAAAUCCAUGCAAUAUAUAAGUUCAUAUCAUAUGUAUGUAUAGGAAACACGAAAAAAAAAUAUCGAUUACAAAUUACUAUAUUGUCAAAUAUUAGACAAUCUAUAAGGUAUAAUUUCGUUCGGGAUAUACAAGCAACGUAUUAUAUUAUGUUCAUUGUACACGAGGAGAAUAAUACAAAUAAAUAUGUAAACCGAACGUAAUAAUACGGGUUUUUAAUAAUUAUUAUUUUGACCGAUAAGUGAUAAUUAUUAUUGUUAUUGUCGAAAAUAACAAUAAUCGUAUACAAAGGUAACAACACUGAAAAUAAACUGAAAAUAGUAGGUAUGUAUGGGCAAUAAUAAUAAUUAUUUUAAAUUUUGAUUAUUCCGCGUUUAUUUGCACACACUAGUGUAUAGGUUACCUAUAUUAUAAUAUUUUGUGUUACACGUGGAGUUUAACGGUCUAAUCAUUUUCACUCGCAUUUUUACAUUAUAUAUUACAAUAAUAGUACACAUACGUAGUUACAAUUAUCUGUAUAAUAAUAAUAAUUAGUAAUUUUAAAAAAGAGCUGAUACUGGGAGACGGGUGCGGCCAUUGAUGUAGGUGGAUAGUUGGGAAGGCGAGAUACAUAAAGUUAUUCAGUUUAUACCGGUAACCAACGAUAAACCGUUGAUAACGAAAACCGAUUCGAAGUAUACAGCUUGAUUUAAAAAGCCAUAAUAUUUACGACUUUCGUCAAAAUUUGAUUUUAACUCUUAUAAAAAUUAAAAAUACUUCACUACAUUUACUACAUUUUUUUUACCAAUAAGUACUUACUAUUUACAAUGAACCUCCUGUCAAAUUUCAAGCAUUUCUGUAUGGUCUAACAAUUUUAUCCACAAAGUAACUACAAAAAAAAAUUACGUAAAAAAAUAAUUGUUUUCAUAUAUUUUAUAAUUCGAACACUUUUGUAUAAAGUUAGUUAAGGCUCCGGCCAAUUUGCGUUCUGUAAUACAAAUUAUAUGCCGCUCAUUUUACUAGCAUAAUGAAUUUACCUCUUAAAAAAUUUAAACGUAAAUUUUUAUUCUCUAUGUAGUUUUUUUAAUAAUUGAGCAAAUUCGGAAAAAACCGUUUAUUUUCAAUUUUAUUUUUUUGUUAUAAUUCAGUUAAAAAUAUUUGCAGAGAUUUGAAAUUUUGAUUUUGAUUAAAAUUUUAAAAUAUUUUAAUGAGCUUUUUUGACAUUUUUGAGCUAUUAACGUAUAAGUAUUUUAUGUUUUUACAUAGUUUUUAUUUAGUCGGUACUAUGUGGUUAUAAUUGUUUGAUCAAACAAAAAUGCCUGAAAAUUGAACGGAAGGUUUUUUACAAUUUUUUUAUAUACAUUUAAAGUUCCGAUUUUAACGAAAAUCGUACAAAUCGUGACAUUUCAUAGCGUGUAUAACCGAGCUUCGCUAAGAAUCGUUUUCAUUAGCAGUGGUUUACCGUUGCAUACAAAGAUAAAAUAUAGUAGAUAACUUUAUGCAUUCUAACUUCCUAAUUUUCCACCUACAACAGUGGGUUACCCAUCAGCAGUAUAAGCUCCUUUUAUUUUUUAUUUCUUGCUUGUGGUUUCUGAAUAUAAAAUCGGGUAAUGUACGCAAUAAUAUUUAUUGUUAUUUUCGAUUUUGUGUUUUUCGUUGUAAUUUUAUAAAAAAUAAUAAUUAUAAAUAUCUGAAAUUUUCACCAAAUACUUAUAUUAGUCCAUUCUAGGUAUGGUAAUAUUUUUAAAACCGUCUGUCGAUUAUGAUUAAAUUUUUAGAUUGGUUUAAUGUUAAUUUGGGUUUAUAAUCAGAGAUAUAUUGAGUAAUAUAUAAUAUUGAUGCGACCAUUUUUCGCCAUGUUUUAAUAAUUAAAACCUUAUUGCAUUUAUAAAAUAUGUACAUCAUUAUGAUAAUAUCAAUUAUUCAUAAAUUAUAGUAUAGUGAUAAGAGAAAGAGAGAGAGUGAGGGGUGAUAUGUGAAAGGGAUAAUGGGUUCUUAAUUCUUAUCACUAUUAUUGCUAUAAUUUCCACAAAAAUAAUGGACCCAGAGACAUCUUAAAUUCUUGUCAUCAGUUAUAACUAAGUACAUAAAAAUAUAUAAUAUAAAUAUAUUACAAACAGGAUGUACUUGUGAUCCCAGUAAUAUUAUUUCAGUUUACGAUAGCAAACAAUAAUUAGACGUUCUCUAUCUGUGUAAACAUAACAAUAAUGUUCACUCUCUCUAUGUACCACUUUUACGUUGUCCCAUAAAUCUAACCAACGACGACGACGACGGAUCAAAGAAUAAAUAACGAACAUUCAUUUCUUUGCCAGAUAACCUCCUUUGAGUAGGUACUUAUAUACCCGACUAGUAAUUCCAAAUCUCCUUAAUUACAUCAUAGUUAACUUUUUCUCAUUUUCGUAAUAACAAAAACUAAACAAAUCUGUUGUUUUAUUAAUAUUGUCCUUUUAGACGACGACAACGGUUUUUUUUUUCGGUUUCACUUCUUUGUGUUCUUUUAUACAGUUUUCGAUUUUAUCUAAUCCUUUCCCGCUAUUGCCACGGAGAUAGUUUUAAGUAAUUAUUUGCUUUUUUAUAAUAGUAGGUAUCUAUGUAAGUACAGUCGUGUGUAUAAUAUACAUUUUUAAAAAAAACUAUAUAUUUUUAAAACAAAUAAACCUGGAACCACAAAACAAAAGAAGACGAUACGAUCAUUUUGGAAAUGUCCAGUUAUGUUAUACGGCAUUUGUGUUUUUUACACGGGGUAUUUCAUUUCAAAAACUUGGUUAUGUAUGCAACUGGCGGUAAUUCAAAAAUUAUAUUAUUUAUGUUCUCUUGUACGUUCAAAAUAUUACCGGCAUGAAAAUGUUGUGAAUUCAUUAUUUUUUUAUUUGAUAUAAUUUGUAAAAAGUUUUUUUUUUCAAAACUAAAAAAACAAAAGUGCUACCGUGAAAUAAAAGUAUGUAUAUUUAAAGAUUGUAUAUCGAUAUUUUUUGUAAAAUAGGUAAAUUGAUAUUGUUUUUUUUCUUGUUAUAACAAACCGAGAGAUACGAAUUUAUUUACCUAUACACGCAGCUGUUGUCGAAAUAUUUCCGCGAUAUUCAGGAUUUUACGCACAAUUUAAAUUUAAACAAAUAUUACUAAAUCUAAUAAAACCUAUUGUGUGUUUUGUCUAACAAGCAGGGUUGCCAUCCGUAUUAUUUUUCAAAGUAUUGUAUUUUUCUUUCACUUUUGUACUUUAAACUUUAGUAUCUUACAGUUCCAAUAAAUAACGCUAAAAUAUUUUAUUUGUAUAAUAAUAACACGUAUUUGUGAUAAUAAGUGAUUCUAAAUCUAAACAAUCCAAAAAAAAAGUAUUUCCAAGAAAAUUUCAAAAAAAAAAUAUUCAUGAGCCCUGAUUAAGAUUUUUCAGCCGUUAAAAAAAUGUUAAAAAGUAAAAUAAAUAAUAACGUGGUCAAGAAUCAGUCUGAAAAAAAUAUAUAAAAAAAAAAGGUUCUCAAGUCACUUUAUUUUUAAACGCAAUCUUUAAAAAUUCUUAAAAAAUUCUGAUACUGAUUUUCGUUAUGAGUGGGAGGGAUGAGGACGAUUUUUAAACAUUUUUUUUAUUAUUUACAUUAUUUAUUUUUAAAUUAAUAGGUAAUACGUAAUAAUAUAUCAUUCUUCUCAUCUCCCCACCUCCGUUUGACCGACCUUGUCUGAUAAUUAAUUUCUUCACGUAUAUUAACAUAUCUUUAUAAAUUUCAAAAUAUUCUAUAGCUCACGAGCCGCCACUGUAAAUCGUUCUACGAGGUGGCCAUUUUUUUUUUCUAGUGAAUAUCCACCGCAUGUCCUCUCUCGGGUCUUUUUUAUAAAUUGUUGCCGCGAAUUAACUAUGAUAGUACUUGAAACGUAAAAAAAUUCAAUUUUAUUCAAAUGCACACGAAUAAUAAAAUACACGUGUAUUUUUGUUAAAAGGGUUUUAACCACGGUACAUGUAUAAAAACACGUGUACUUGUGUAGCUCAUUAAACGUGUAAUGGAGACUCCUAGGUUCAACUUUUAACUCAUACCCCUACCAUUUUUAUGCAAGAAGUUAAAACUUUUUUUUUAUGUAUUGCUGUAAUAUCUAUACUAUUAAUAGUAGUGUAUCAAUAUGGUGUUAUGUUAUUAUUAAUUAGGUUAUUGUUUUACAAAAAAUAUUUCAAUAACGCAAAAUAGAUCAUCGUUGUUUUUUUUUCCAAUCUCAUUUCAUAUGUUUGAUAUUAUAAUAUUAUUGUUGUUAUUAUUUAUUAUUGUGUUGGGUAAUAUAAAAGACGAAGUAUUUUUAAACCCGAUAACUAAAAAAAAAGACCACAAUAUUUCAUUUGUUAGAUAGAUAAAGUUCGUAAAUCGGAAAUCAAUAAUCUGAUCGAAGCAUAAGUUGCAAUUUUAUUUGUAUGAUGGAUGACUAAUACCAUAGCCCUAACGAACCGUUGUACAAAUAUUUUCAAAAAAGUGCUGACUUUCCACUAAAGUAGGUAGGAAGUUAGUGAGUUAGGGUACAUAAAAUUGUUUAGUUGAUAUCUGUAUAUUCAAUUUUUGAUUUUCCGAAUUUUUAAGUGUAGUUAAAGCCGAUAUUUCCGAAUACGUAGAUUUUUUGUGAACAUUUAAGGAGUAUCCUGUGGCGAUACCAAUGUUAGAUUUUCAAAUAAAAACCCAUAUUAAAAAUUCUAUGAAUAGACAAAGUAUUACUUUAAAUACAUUUUUGUGUCAACAUUUUUGAUUUCCGUCAACCGGUUAACAUUCCAUAGCGGAGUAUCAUUUGUGUGACGGUACGGCGGGCAAAGUUUUAUUAGUGUUCCAUUACUCUUACCCUACCUAAACUGAAAGUAAAAUAUCUCGUCAACGGGUUAAUCAAAACACUCCUCGCUCCACUCAAAAUCUAAAAUUUGGACCCAGGAAUGAACGGCUGAAAACGUCAAUAAAUGUUUCAAAUAAAGUACCACCGAGCAGGGACAUUCUACGUCCUUUAAGGUACUGUCUGAAAAAAUUAGAGCAUUAGUCUUACCAAAUAAGUGUAAAAAAAAACAUUAAACAAAUAUUACCAAUAAUAGUAUUUGAAAUUUUAGAUAUAAAUAACCAUCAAAAGAAAAAUUAAGGUAUGACAUGAAGAAAAAAAACUAAAGCAUUCUUAUUUACCUAAAGUCUUUUCCCAGAAAAACCAAAAAAAGAAACUUUUCAAAACUAUUAUAACUUAUUAUAUAACUUCUUCGAGUUUUUCGGCAUUAUUUUUACUCAAAAUCUGAAAACCCAAAAUAUAUUUUACUUCGAGAGAACCGUAACGAUAAAUAAAUAAUACACUAGGCGAUUAUAAAUGUUAAGCUAUACAUUCUGUUUUCAUUCUCUGAGAGGGCCGUUUGUCGACGAAUGAAUAUUAAAAACGAAAAAAAAAACGUCACCGAAGCGUGUCCCGCGAGGAUUUAACACGUCGUGAUUUACAUUUAUAUAGAUUAGGUUGGGUUUUUUGUAAAUUAGCGAAUUCUCCGAGGGCAACGCUACUCGUGUACGAGAAUUUCGGGCACAAUAGGUAAACGAUUGUGUUUUGUGUGCUAUCGAAGAAAACAAUAAAACAAUAUUACGUAAACGAGAAAAAAAACUGCGACGAAUAAUUUCGAAUCCACCGAUAUCAGUUUUUAAAUUCUGUGCAAUCGGUGAGAUCAAUGAAAAUUGCCCCCCCCCCAUAAUAAUUUAGCGGGGAUAAAAUUUCACUAGAAAUAUUGUAACCCUUUCUGUAAACAAUCGUGGAUGAAAUAUUAAAAAAUUAAACCGGAGAGAAGGGACAAUAUUCCACUAGUGAUCAUUGACUCCCUAAUAUUUAUAUUUAUUUAGGUCGUUCGAUCGCUUGUUAAUCCUCUUUUUGCCCAGCGUUUUUGUUUUAUUGUUAUUCGAAUACGAUUUUUCUAUAAAACAAAUAUUCCCAACGCCUGUUUUUUCUAAACCGUAUUUUGGUCGAACUAACGACGAAAUUCUUCGUAAAUUCUAUCUGUAGGUAACAUGACUUUUGCAGAUAAAACGGAAAUUUAAUCGACUCCAAAAGCGAAUGUCUUCUCGCAAUACGUUUCGAACUUUUAUCUAUAAAAUCGGAAACUCGCAUAGUGACAAACUGAAAUUUGCAUCGCAGUCCCUCGAGUUCCGUUUUAUAGACAGAUUUAACCUGAUCUAACCAAAUGUACGUAACGUAACCAUAGGCACAACUAGAAGGGCUUGGGGGCUAAGGGGCUAAGUCCUCCAGUUUUCCAAAUAGUCCUCCCAGUUAAAAUUAAUUUAGUUAGGUACUUAGACAUAUUAAUAUUUUUUAAUAACUAUUUGUGUUUUUUUUUAUGAUUUCAAUAAUGUAAUACAAUAUUAUAUUUACAAAUUUAAUCAAAUAAAUUAGUUUAAUGCUACAGCUGCUCCCCCCCCAAGAACUUUUCACCUUAUAGUUGCGCCUAUAUGAAAAUAACCAACCGCCUCGGCGUUUUCUUUUGUCGCAGAUCCGUGUCGAGGACGUCGCCGUCCGUGGCCAACUUGUUACGGCGCCUAUCCGGACCGAAUGGCACUGUCAGACAACGCCAGCUGCAGUGGACUACGGCCGCCAAGCGCCGCCCCGAAAUGGACGCCAACGGGUUCCACAGCGAUUCGUUCACCGGCGGCUUUGACCAGUUCGACACGAUGAAGCGCCGACCGGAGAUGGACGCCAAUGGAUUCGAGGGCGACUCAUUCGCUAAUUUCGGCGGUUUUGAGACCAUGAAGAGGCGAUUGGGUGACGGAGGCGGCGGUGACGACGAUUUCGUCGAUGACGUCGGCGGAAACAGUAGCAGCAAGAGCAAAAUAAUUUUAUCAUCCGCAGCCGCGGGCCGAGAAUAGAGACGCGUCCGCCCCCACUCCCCCGCAGCACUACCCGUAUCAUUAUUAUUACCUAUUUUUAUUAUCAUUAUUAUUCGUUACUAUUAUUAUCAUUACUAUUAUUAUUAUUAUUAUUAUUAUUUAUUUGUUUAUAUAACGAGUCAAAUAUAAAAUAUAAAAUAUAUUUAUAUUACCUAUUAUAUGUAUGCGGCGAUAAUAAUAAUAAUAAUAUAAUAUGGAAUAGUGAGUAAGUAUAUUAUACCAUAGAACACACUCAGAUACAC